AUGCUCACCCACUUUAUCACAUAUUCUGGUGCAGUUUCUAAAGGCUCCAACUGCAGCAGAAAUGGUAUGUAUGUGUAUAGAGAACUAAUGUUCAGUCUCUGCCCCAGUGCUCUAAAUGUUCCUGCUAUCAUUGUUUAAAUUAGAGCCUCCUCUCUCUGGUUUUGUACCACUAGAGGGCCCUUAUGUAUCCGUGUUAGCUCAGAUCAUCUACCUCAGUGGUGUCCAAACUUUUUUCAAAGAGGGCCAGAUUUGAUGAAGUGAGCAUGCGUGAGGGCUGGCCAAAGUUGUUGAGCUUUUUUUAGGAGCCCCCCCCCCCCGUUAAGAAAAAGGGUCUUAGAAGGGCUGCACGUGACUCACCCAGGGAUCAUCCGGAUGAAGGCAUUGGCCCGUACCUAUGUGUGGUGGCCAGGCAUAGAUGCGUAGAUAGAGGGCUGGGUGAAACGUUGCGAGCCCUACCAGGUCUCCCUGCCAGAUCCACCCAAGGCACCAGUACAAUCCUGGGAGUCCACACAGUCCCCAUGGCCCCGGUUGCACGUGGAUUUCGAGGGGCCUUUUCAGGGCCAACACUUCCUAAUAGUGGUUGACUCUAAGUCCAAGUGGCUUGAGAUAGUGCCAACCUCAACCGUGUCCACUAGAGCGACUAUAAACACACUCAGGGAGCUAUUCAAGACACACGGCUUGACAGACAGGCGCAGGCCGGAGGCCUGGGCAGGCCGGGUCGUCCUCUUAUAUACAGUGGUACCUCAGGUUAAGAACUUAAUUCGUUCUGGGGGUCUGUUCUUAAUCUGAAACUGUUCUUAACCUGAAGCACCACUUUAGCUAAUGGGGCCUCCUGCCGCUGCACGAUUUCUGUUCUCAUCCUGAAGCAAAGUUCUUAACCCGAGGUACUAUUUCUGGGUUAGCGGAGUCUGAAACCUGAAGCAUAUGUGUUACGUAUUGUAACCUGAAGCGUAUGUAACCCGCUGUACCUGCUGGGAUUGACAAGGCAUCUCACAACUCUCACCUGAAUCUCAUAGCUCUCCUGUAGCUGCCAAACCAAUUAACCAGCUAGAAGGAUUACUGUUAUAGCACCAGUUUUCCUAUAACUUGAUAUUGCUGGAUAGUUUUGAUGAACUGCAAAAGCAUUUUUAGUUUGCUUUCUGUUGCCACCCUAGAACUUUUAUUUAUUAGUGCCACUUUGUUUUGUAUUGGGUUUAACACCUUUUAUGUUACAAGGCACGUUCUAGCCAAUCAUAUAAGCAUUGGUAAACAAACGUUCUAAUGGCAAGUAAGCGCAUGCACUUUCAACUUCCCAGCACCACCAGUAGCACAUCCACCUUGUCUGCCUCCCUAGUGAAGCCUUGUAGUCGGACUUAUUUGGAUUUGGUGGGCAGGCACUUGGGGGCCGCAAGAGAUUGCUUUUUCAAAAUUGCCUGGGGGGCCUGUUUGAAACCAGCCCGGGGGCCGCAAGUGGCCCCCAGGCCGGACUUUGGACAUGCUUGAUUUAUGCAAUUUCUUUCGUGGGAACGAUAUGUGUGAAGGAAAUAAUCUUGCGUGUAACGAAGCCUUGAGACACCUGUGAUUUGAGGGCUGAUACAGAUUUAGGGAGAAAGCAUAUGUAUGGUCACGACACGCUGCUUCUUUGAUGUUGGGAGUAUCCAAACACACUUGCUGCAGUGGUGAUCCUAUUAGGACUUUCCCAUUGUACCUUUUCUGAAAGUUUGACUCACGUCAAAGCCUAUGCCAGGAAGUGAACUAGAAGCAGAACUGGAGGGAGGGCCAUAGUUCAGAACUUUAUGAUGGAAAAGCAUGAGGAAAAGCUGUAUCCUAGAUACACAUACUGUACUCUGGUUUAAGUCCCACUGAACCCAGUGGGAUGUGUCUCCGAAUAAACAGCAUAUAAUGGUGCUGUGAUAUUAUUCUAAAUCUGGGGUGGAUAACAACAAUAAUAAUAAUAAUAAUAUCUUUAUUGUCAUAGCCCCCUUCGGGGACAACGAAAUUACUUAGUAUUUAUAAAUAUAUAAAUAUAAAUAACCUGCGGCUCUCCAGAUGUUGCUGGACUCCAACUCCCAUUUCCCCCCAUCCAGAAUGGCCAAUGAUCAGGAAUGAUAGGAGCAGCAACAUUGGGACGGCCACAGGUCUCCCUGCCCCACCCCGUUUUAAAUUCUCAUUCCUUUCAUUUUGUCUAUGGCACUGUGAGCAUCACAACUGUGUUGUAAUUGGACAGUAAAUAACUUGCCUUGAAAUAUCACUUCCAUUUAAAGGCAUUACCAGAAUUCAUAGAUUACUAAAGAGGGUCUUACAAGGGUGUGUGUGUGUGUGUGUGUGUGUGUGUGAGAGAGAGAGAGAGAGAGAGAGAGAGAUGGUGUCAUUGUUGAAAUGUUAAAGACCCUACCAGGAAUCAUACUCAGAAUAAAAGACAAAGAAUGGUUUGUAGUUGAACUCGAUGACCUGACCUGAAUCCCCAAGUCCCUUUGCUCAUGGUACUUUGACUUAUUGUGUAUUUUUCAACCUUCUUGUUCCUUCAUAGUUGUGAGCGAUUCAUUUGAUUCUCAGAGUAAUAAUAAUAAUAAUAAUAAUAAUAAUAAUAAUUUUUAUUUAUACCCCGCCCUCCCCAGCCAAGGCCGGGCUCAGAGCGGCUUACAAGCAAUAAUAAAAACAAGAUGAUUACAACUUAAAAACAAAAAUAAAAUACAACAUUAAAAUAAUGGAACAUUAAAAUAUUAAAAUGUAGCCUCAUCGCAGGAGGAGAAGGAAAAGAAAAAAGAGAGGGAGGGAGGGAAUCAAAUUGGCUCCAAGCCAAAGGCCAGGCGGAACAACUCUGUCUUACAGGCCCUGCGGAAAGAAAUCAGAUCCUGCAGGGCCCUGGUCUCAUGAGGCAGAGCGUUCCACCAGGCCAGAGCCAGAGUUGAAAAGGCCCUGGCUCUGGUUGAAGCCAAUCUAACUUCCAUAGGGCAGAGUAACAGUUUAUUUGCAGAUCUUUCCAGCUUACGUGUUCCAUUAAUAAUUUAAAUGUGCUGAUUCCGUGAAUUACUGCUUCUCCGAACAUCUUGGCUGGUAUUCAACUAAUGCUAUAACUUUGAGGGCACUAUAGGGCAAACUUUGAAGAUAAAAUUGAUUGUCAUUUUUCUGUCAAGAAUCAUUGAAACAAAACAAUAAUCCAAUGUUCGGAGAUGCAAUAAACAUGUCUUUCCAUAGCUUAUAUGUUUGGUGCUAGCUGUAAAAUUAAAUAAUUGCCUUCCCUGAAAGUUCAGUCCAAAGAAACGGUCCUAGGAACAUUGAAAACAUGAACAUUAUCAUAUGCUCUUCCCCUCUAAGCAUUUUUUUUCAUCCUUGGGGGAAAGCUAUAACUUAUUGGUAGAACAUCAAUUUAGGAUGCAGACAGAUUCCCCUCACCUUGGGAGUAAGGAUUAACAAACUCUUUGUUCUCCCAUUCCACCCUGUGAAUCCUACCAGUAAGGAGGCCUAAGGUGGAUGCUCCAAGCUUAGUCUGCAUAGCUUAAGCAAACCAUUUUUGUGUUUCUAUACAAAUAAUUUAGAAACAUUUCCCAUUUUGAAACCUAAGUUAUACUGCCUGUCUUUUCUUGCAGCAAUGUGGAAAAAGCACAUGAAUCUGUCCUUUGAAGAGCUUGUAAGUAAACCAUUUUAAAGUUACCAAAUAUGGUCUUUUUCUAUGCUAAGGGAAGUGUGGAACUCUGGAAGAAACUUAGAAGGGGGUAUUGUAUUUUAAAGGUCAAACAGCCUAUAGUUCCAUGCUCUGCUUUGCUGCAUAUUUUGUAAUUUUUAAUCUCUGCUGGGGUUUUCUCACCAAAGAACACUUGCUCCAAACCUGAAUCUAGGAAUCCAGGCUUCUCCUUUUUAUUUUAACCACAUAUCAUUUUCCUUUUACCAAAUUAAACCAACAGAUAGGUUAGAAAAAAGAGAAUGAGGCAAAGAAGGAGGGAGAGAAGGCAGCUGUAUCAGGCAAUGGCAUGGUGAAAGGUGUUGCCCCAAAGAAAAUAACACCCACCCUGAAGCUGUUUUUUGCCCUGACGGGAACCCGCCCCCCAUCAACAGCCUUGUGUCCCAUUGAAAACAAUAGAUUGGGGCUUAGUCAUGUCUAGCUGACAUGGAUUUUUAAAGUAGUUACUUGGGCCUUUGCUAGAUUUUCUGGAUUGAGGUCAUUUAUUUCAGCUAGUUUAAAAACCAUAACUAUGCUUGGCUGUGACCCUGCCCAGGUCUAUGAGGGCAUAGGGCUUGAAGGGGAAGCAGGCGGUGUCAAGUAGCAAGUCCCGCAAACAUUGUAGGGGUCCUUGGGCAACUCCAAGAGGCCCUGCUAAGGCAGGCUGACGAAAGAUACAAGUAAUUAUUUAGGCAGACUAGGCCUGAAGUGUGCAAGGAGCUGACUGGCUGGUUAGGACCCUCACCUUAGAUAUCACAUUUUCCUUUUUCUCUUUGUUCGUAUUGACUGAGGACUAGAUUCUUUUCCAUAUGACCACCCAUUCCAGUUUUCCUUUAAUAUUUCUUUUUAACCAAAAAUUGUGUAAUGGCUUUUUUGAGGAAUAUAUACACACAUCUUUGUUUAUUCCCCCCCCCCCCCCCCGUUGAGCAAAACAUAAAUGAAUAGUCUUAUUGUGUCUGAUGUUAUCUGUGUUACAUAUUGAAGACUGGAAAGGAUGACUGGAGAAAAAUUCAGGAUAACUGGUCAAGAAUACAGAAGUAUUGUUGGGGAAAAUGAAUCAGCCAGUGGUUGGCUAGCCUUGUGCUUGCUGUCAUAGCAUACUACAGAAAAUAACAUAUUUAGAAUGUAAUCCUGCACCAUAGUCCCCCAAGCUCCCACCUCACCCCAAACAGAGCACUUAAAAGGGUUUUUAUUUUUCGCCAGUUGUGGCAAUGAUGUCCUAGAUGCUAUAUGAUUUUUAAGUGCAUUUUUACAGACACACCACAGAGCACCCGAAUGAAGCUUGCAAACUGGUUUGGGAACUCCUGCUAUAUACAUUCUGUGGGGAUUCAGCCCCACUGAAUGAAUGGGAUUUACAGUGGUACCUCGGGUUACAUACGCUUCAGGUUACAGACUCCGAUAACCCAGAAAUAGUACCUCGGGUUAAGAACUUUGCUUCAGGAUGAGAACAGAAAUCACGCAGCGGCGGCACGGCAGCAGCGGGAGGCCCCAUUAGCUAAAGUCGAGCUUCAGGUUAAGAACAGUUUCAGUUUAAGGACAGACCUCCGGAACGAAUUAAGUACGUAACCAGAGGUACCACUGUACUUAAAUCUAAGCAGACAUAACUAAGAUUACAAUGUUACUAAAAAAAAUAAUAAAAUGUAUUUAUUGAUGGAUUCCGUUCCUCCAGUGGGAGAGAUGGAAAGCACAGCUUAUUCUAUCCAGAAGAAGCUCCACCAGGCCUCCUCUCCUUACAACUGUCACCUGGGAGCAGCCAUUUUGUCACACUGCAUCAGUGGGAGAAAUAGAAAGCAGGGUUCAUCCUAUCUUAUUUUUGCUAAAACCCCAGCUGUAUCAGGCACCUCUUACUCCUGAAUCACACAAGCUGGUCAUUAUAAGAACAACUGUUUAACAACUGGAGCCUGAGUUUGAUUCCACCCCCCUUUCCUCUCUGUCCCUUUUCCAUCGUGUCGUGUUUUUUAGAUUGUGGGCAGGCUGUUCUGGGAGCCUUUUUAGCUGAAGCCUGGGUUACAAAUGCUUUAAAUAAACAAUACUUCAAUAAGUUUAACACAGGGGAAGCAAAGAGGAAGUAUAAACUACAGGCCACCUGAAGUUUAAAAGCUCUGCAAGUACUGUAGAAUAAUCCCUAGCUUUAUUGAGGACAGACUGGUGGAUUCAUAUGGCUGUUCCCUCAUUUGAGGUACAGUGGUACCUCGGGUUACAGACACUUCAGGUUACAGACACUUCAGGUUACAGACUCCGCUAACCCAGAAAUAGUACCUUGGGUUAAGAACUUUACCUCAGGAUGAGAACAGAAAUUGCACGCCGGCAGCACAGCGACAGUGGGAGGCCCCAUUAGCUAAAGUGGUACCUCAGGUUAAGAGCAGUUUCAGGUUAAGAACGGACCUCCAGAACGAAUUAAGUUCUUAGCCUGAGGUACCACGGUACUGUAUUUGAUUCCGAAUUCCUUCAGAUAUUUGCAUGAAAGUAAACCAUGAAAUGCUGUUCUGUGUUCAGAAGGCAAGUGGAGUUGGCCAGGGUAAAUGCAGAGGAGCUGUAACACUAGUGGCAUAUAUGUACACAUCUGGCUGAGUUUCCUUUCAUUAUUGACUUCUGGAAACAAAUUCAGGGAACAGUUGCAGGCGUAACAAGCUAAACAAUCCCUCACACUAGGAACAUAUGUCUUGCACUCGCAGCUGCCAAGCUAUUAGUCAUGCAAAAUGAAAGGAAAUAAAAUUUCAGUUGUACUGUAAUGGAGUUUCAAGCGAUAUCUGUGUGGUGGCCAUAUCAUGAGAAGGGGUCAUCAGUUUACAAAUUAGUCCUCAUAACGUAAGAGCUCAAUAUAACACAAUGCAUGUUCUUUUCUUCAGACUGCUACAGGCCCAUAAAAGUACACGAAGAAACAUGGAAGGUCUACAACAUUCCUUGUGAUAAUAAUUCAGUAUGGCAGGCUUGGAAUAAAGGUAAAAACAAAACCAGCCGAGUAUUCCCUUACAUAAUGUUGAUAUGACUGGAACUAUAUAAUAAACUGUACACAAUUUAAAAAUAUUAUCAUAAUCUUAGACUUUCCUCCCUCUUUUAUUUAAGUUUUUGUAGAUUCCUGUGGCCAAACACUUGUAUCCCCCGCCCCAAUUUUGCACAGGGCUAUGGCCAGCUACAUGGAGAGAAUAUAGCAGCAUAAUCUUGAAUUCCCCAUAAACAUUCCACUGUUUUACUGGCAUGACUAGCCUUGAUGUGUUUAGUGUUAUACUGAUGGAUUGAACCGCAACAUCAGGUAAUUGAAACCAUUCCCAGCCUAUCUGGAAAACUAAAUGGCCGUGUUUUCUUCAGCUGAGCUGAACUAUGAUUCGGUGGGAGUGAAUGAGCGUAGCAAACCCCAUGUAACUUUAUGAGACUUUCGCAAAAGCACUUUUUACAAACUUUACAGAAUCUACAGCAUGUGAUUAUGCCAUCUCAAAAAACCAAUUCCAAAUUGAAGGAAUCCCCCGCAGGAAUACUUUCCGGAGGGGAAGCUGUGUUAAGAUUAUUGCAAAAGCAACAAAGCGACUUUGUGGGUUUUUAGUGUUUAUAAUAGAAUUUUUAUACAGAAUAACAUAUAACAGUAAAAAUCAAUGGUGGGUUACUAGAUAAAAAGCUGAGUUUGGUCAAAUCAUAGACAGAGUCAGAAAUAUGGACAUCACUUCAAGUUGAAUGACCACUCAAGACUAACUACUUUAAAGACUAACAAAUUUAUUAUGCCGUAUGCUUUUGUGGGCUGCUGUCCAUGUCAUCAGAUGCAUGAAGUGUUGUCCUGAGUUGCAGAUACAUGUUUGGGGGAGGGAUUGUAAACAAUGAGGUCAGAAGGAAAAGAAAUACAGAAAGUAUAGACCAUGAAAAUUACAGUAUGUUAUUAACAGUGGCCACUGAGGACGGGGGGAGUUGUUGAUCACAUAGACAUCCUACCAUUUGUAAUCCAAUCCACGCAUGUAGUGUGAUUUUUAUUUUUAAUCUAUCAUUCUGAUUCAUUGUUGUUUGCUUGAUAGUUUUUGCAGGGCAAAGUAAAGCAAUCUCUGACCUUGAAUCUAGUGUUUCUGUCCAGAAAACCUUAUCAGUUGGGAAAUCUGAGUGUUUAGAAGUUAGUUAAUAGCAAGGAAGAAUGGGACCUGUUCCUUAAAGCUACAAAUGGCCAGUUCUUCUGUGUCUAUGUUCUUGCACGGAAAUUGAACAUUCUCCUAAUCUUCUUGCAAUGCAGAUGAUAUAAGGGACAGGUCUUCUCAAUUUGCAUUGAAAGGGGCUCCACAUGGUGGUCACACAGUACGUAUGUGGUAUGUAGGUGCUCGCGGCAUUAAUUACACAUGUACCCCCCAACCCCCCCACAUGCCCUUCUACUCUAGCCCAUUUUGAGAGAGAAUUCAGAAGAAAGUUAUAUUUUAUGUUGUCUAAGUAAAAAUGUGGAACUCAUACUCAGUAAUCACUCUGGAAUUUAUAGGAAUUAUUGUUAAGCAUUUGAAACAGGAAAAAUGUUUUAUGGAGAACGUAUUUUGUUAUAUCAUUUAAUUAAAAGAUCAUAGCUAGCAAUAAUGCAGUCUAUUAAAAAACCUAGUAUUAUCAUAAUUACGCUUUUUGUGUGCAUGUACACGUUAACAAAUCUAUCAAAAUACUAUUUUAAAUGACAAGAGGCAAAAUUUCAAAUAUUUAUCUGGCUAAAUCUAGAUUCCAGGUUUAAAAUCAGAUGAAGAUGCAGGGGAAAAAACAGUUUUUCUUCUCAUUUCAUCCAGAAGGUGGCAUCAUAUCAUGACUUUUCUUCCAUCGAAAGUGAAGAGGAUAUAUAACAAAAUAUAGAAUCUCUCAUGCUGAAAUUAAUACCAAUACAGUAGUUCCAUAUGAAUAAUAGCUGAUUUUAAAAUAUAUUUCUUAAUAUAUAUAAUCUUUGAAAGUCUGUGAUGGUAGUUAACAUGGUUACAAAUAUUAGUCCUUAUCUCCUGUAGUCAAAAUAAGGACUGUAAAUUUAGCUGCAUUUGGACCUAAUCACUAUAAUCAGGGUGCACAAUCUGCACAUUCCUCCUUCGCUCCUUCCUUCCUACUUAGUGGCGAAGCUAGUGACUGACUUAGUACAGUGGCACCUUGGUUUGCAACUGUUUUGGAUUACAACCACAUCAAACCCUGAAGUGUGUGUCCCUUUUUUUGGAUUACAACCCAUUUUGGGGGGGAUUACAACCCAUAUUUUUUGGGGAGGCCCCAUUGGUGAAAGCACACUUUGGGUUACAACUUGUUUUGGUUUACAACCAGACCUCCGGAACAGAUUAUGGUUGUAGACCAAGGUAUCACUGUAUUACAACUGAAGCGGCACUCAUGUUUAGGAAUCAAAGUAUUGCUCCUCCCUUUUUCCCAGCAGAAAAAUAAAUCAUGUGCUCUGGUUCAGAUGUAACACAAGCAAGCCAGCCACUCCAUGGUUUGUUUCCUGGCUGGGAGGAAGGGAAGAACAAAUCAGAAGUGCUUGGGUUGUGUGUACUAGCACAGAGGUUGUGCAAUAGCCAUUGUUAACAGCCAGUGUUUUGUCUGAAUGUGCCCAGUGUCUGUCAUAAAUACAUUGCUUUGAGCUCAUUGUUAAUUCUGUUGUGUGGAUUUUUAUUGAACUGCAUUCUAAGGCUAAAGGUAAAGGUCAGGGGACCCUUGACCAUUAGGUCCAGUCGUGACCGACUCUGGGGUUGCGGCGCUCAUCUCGCUUUAUUGGCCGAGGGAGCCGGCGUACAGCUUCCGGGUCAUGUGGCCAGCAUGACUAAGCCGCUUCUGGUGAACCAGAGCAACGCAUGGAAACACCGUUUACCUUUCCGCCGGAGCGGUACCUACUUGCACUUUGAUGUGCUUUCGAACUGCUAGGUUGGCAGGAGCAGGGACCAAGCAACGGGAGCUCACCCCGUCGUGGGGAUUCGAACUGCCGACCUUCUGAUUGGCAAGUCCUAGGCUCUGUGGUUUAACCCACUGCGCCACCCGCGUCCCAUUCUACAGCUACACAUUGCUUAAUAAGCCACAUUCACAGAUUUCUCAUUCUCUGAACAUGACAUGCAAAUGCCAGCUUGAGCUACAAACAGUGCCGUGUUAACUUAUGUAGGUUAAAAUUUAUUGAUAUGACAAUUAGAAUAUUUAUUUAUUUAUUUAUUUAUUUAUUUAUUUAUUUAUUUUGUAUACUCCAUAGAUCUCAGGGCAGUUCACAAAUACAAGAUAAAAAACACAAAAUACAUAAUAAAAACAAGAACAAAAACCAACAAAUAACCCCUGCUUCACCCAACAACACAUUUAAAAGAUUCUAAACAAUGUUUUUAUUGCAGUAGUAUUGCAAAUGUCCCUUAGUGUAUAUCUGUAUGGCAGCUUCCUACAAUAUGCUAGAAUCACUAGUAGUUAAAAGAGAAAUGGGUCUCCCUGCCUGGAUAGGACUAUAAUAUUUUAAGUAGGUAAGUAAGUAAGUAAGUAAGUAAGUAAGUAAGUAAUCAAUCAUUGCACUUCUAUUUAGAGCAGACAAAAUAAAGUACUUCUUCACACUGCAUAUAAUUAAGCUAUGGAGUUUUCCCCCAUUACAUGUGUAGUAAUGGCCCAAAAGAGGAUGAGGCAAAUUCAGGGAGAACAAGACUAUCAGUGGCUACCCACCAUGAUGGCUGAGUUCCACCUCUGUUGUCAGAAGCAAUAUGCCUCUUAAUGCCAGUAGUUAGGGAAUCACAAGUGGGAAGAAUGCUGUAGGCAUCUAGUUGGCCAUUAUGAGAAAAGGAUGUUGAACUAGAUGGGUCUUUGACCUGAUCCUGCAGCGCUCUAUUUACAUCUUUAGAAGCAUAUUUUUACUAGAUGGUAUCAAAUGUGGACAUACACAAAAGUUGAUUAAGAAAAUUACUUAUUGUCUCUCUGUGCGCAUGCAUCGGUAUAAACACAGGUUUACAGCCUAAUUUUGAACAGCUCACACAAACACCAUAUUGUCAAUUAGGAUUCAACGCUUUGCACAAUUGAGAAAUUUUUCUAUUACCUGGAGCAUAUGAAAGGAGGAUGCACAUAAGAAUGGGGCUUUUCUCUAGCCCUCUAAACCACAGUUUGGAGGAUAAAUAAUUUGAAAUCUGGCUGCAGCCCUAUUUCCUAUGAUGUGGGCCUCCAUAUCCACACGUUCAUUCUAAUUACCAGCUGCAUAAAAGGUCAGUGAAGUAGAUGAAAACACUAUUGAACUAAUACUGAACUAUUUCCCACCAUACCACCAGUUUUUUUCUGAAGAUUGUUUCCAUGACUGGCAGUAUAUGGAGACAGAAGCUGGUUACCAGAAGUGUCAGGCUGUAAAUUUAUUGACUUGGUAUUUUGCUUCACUGAGCACAGAGGACAUCUGUGCAAUCUUAAUUUUUUUUUCUAAGGGGUCCUCACAAGAAAGCUUCUCACACAAAGAAAAGCCAAUCUGCAAACCAUUCCUUGAAACCUGGCCUUUCCUGUCUUGUUACUGAGUGAAAUCAAUAGGCAGCUGUGGAUUUGUUGACCUGGACACGAUAGUGGAACAGUAAUAAGAAAUAAAAAAAAAUGACACCCCCCCCCGAUAAUAGAUCCCACCCCCACUUCAGAUGCAGAAAGUAGGAAAACUAUAAAGAUUGGAGGACUCUACAGUCUUCUAUAUAAUGCUAGAGAAUGUCAUGUUGAGAAAGGGCAUGGGCUCCCCACAUCACCACUCCUUAAUCGUCUCAUAUUUUCACAUACACACACAGACAAAUCAUAUUAAUCAAAUCUGCUUUCAGCAGUAUGAAAAGGGCAGCUUGAAUGGAUCACAGCUUAGGAGGAAAUUCAAUACAGAAGAGAACCUUGGCUACAUAUAAGCCUAAAACUUUGGGGGGAAAAAUCCCUUAUAUUGCGUAUGAUCUUCAAUAGCCAUAUCAAUUAUGUAUCAAAGAGCUGCCAGUGUCUUCUGUGUGGGUGUUAGAUAGCCAAUGAGGGCACCAUAGGAAUCAAUGAUUAGUUAAGGACACUGCUUCUUCUAAUUUGAUUUUGUGCAACUGACUAUGGAAAAAAUAAUACAAAUAAAGGGCGGGUUAAAUAAAUUGUGUCAUGGAUGCUAACAAGUCCCAUAAAAGCCCCUUUGACUACUCUGUGUAGUCAAAGGGAUGGGAUGUUGUAUUUCUCUACCACUACCAUGUACCCACUGUUUAAUAUUGCAACCUUUACUGUACCUUGGUAAAGAGAAUAAUAAGUAGAAAGCUGUGAAAAUUCACUGAGAGUUGUAUUCUAAACUCAGCUUUUCUCAUCUUUCACAGCACUAAGAAGCAUGCUUUCCUAUAACAAUGCAGUCACCAGAAAGUGAUGCAUAAAACACUCCUAAGAAAUGAUAGCUCACCUUUGAAAUUCAACACACCCAGUCAUUCCUACCUUCCCGUCCAUAGAACUUCAUACCUUUUAUUCCUAGGCCCUUUGUGUUGAUAGCUUAUUGAUGACACUAAGCAUUAGAAUGUUUAUGAACGUUCCAAGACAUCACAGCAGCUCAGUGACAGAGGUGGAGCUCAUUUCAGCAAAUUAAAGCUACUGGCACACGGUGAUGCAUGCCCGAGUGCACUGAAACAUUGUUUACUUCCCUGCUGCAGCAGUACCUAUUUAUCUACUUUCAUUGGUAUGCUUUCGAACUGCUAGGUUGGUAGAAGCUGGGACACACCGUUGUGCGGAUUUGAACCGCUGACCUUCACUUGGCAAGUCCAAGAGGCUCAGUGGUUUAUACCACUUCUACCUGCAGGAUUUGUUUCAGAGGGUGGGACUGGGAGACUAUAACAUAGCAUCUUGGCUGCUUCUGUUGGCUGGAGAUCUGAGUUGCAAAAGUUGGAGAAGUGUGAAUUUUGAAGGAUAGUUGUAUGUUAAUUCGCUUCUUGUUUCAGAACAUGCAAAUUAGGUAGGUUCACCUUUAAAUGUGAACCAAAUCAAAUUUAUUUCCCAUUCCUACUUCAUGCAUAGGACUGCGCUCAAAAAGCCAUAAAAUUCCACAGGUACUUGUCAGGUCUCUGGAGACUUUCCUUUGGGAUUCAAUGUAAGCAUGAAAUUGCAAGGUGUUGCAGCUGUUGUUCAGAUCUACAGUGGUACCUCGGGUUAAGUACUUAAUUCGUUCCGGAGGUCCGUACUUAACCUGAAACUGUUCUUAAUCUGAAGCACCACUUUAGCUAAUGGGGCCUCCCGCUGCUGCCGCGCCUCCGGAGCACAAUUUCUGUUCUCAUCCUGAAGCAAAGUUCUUAACCCGAGGUACUAUUUCUGGGUUAGCGAAGUCUGUAACCUGAAGCGUAUGUAACCUGAAGCAUAUGUAACCCGAGGUACCACUGUAUAUGGAAUGCUGGUGAAAACUGUCAAUGAUAUCUGCUGUGCCAAGCCAGGAGAAGUAUGUUGUACUUGGGCAAUCGAAGUGAUCUGUUCAGUGCAGGAUCACACUCCAGGAUUCUUUGUGUAACCGCUUUAUAUCUGGUCCACUUGAGAAGAUGUCGUCAUGUGUAAAAAGCACUCAUAUUUGAAGAUGCCUCUACCAAAUAUUGAGCAGGAUAUUGAUUUCCUUGCACUGGAUCAAGGGCUCUGGGCAAGCAGUCUGUCUCCAACCAUUCCAUUCAGCCCUAUAACUCACUUAACUGAUCUAGCACAGAUUGUUUGACAGGUCUUGUUUUAAAGACAUUCAAAGGCCAGUCACUCAAAAGAGCAGGCUUCUAAAAAUUGCUACCAGGAAUAUGGGACAUUCCUGAAGCCUCUUUGAAACACAUCCACUUCUAUCCAGUCUGCAAAGGAAAUCUGCUAAUAGUCAAUGCAUGGCAUUAGGAACGGAAUACAACCACGAAAUUGCAGCCUUCAGACUGGAAUGAAAGAUGGGUUAUGUCUGCUCCAUUUCCUACUCUUAGAUAAUUAUUGUCUUUAUUGCAGCCCUUUACUGAAACGUCUGAAAGGGAAAUUAUCUGGAUGGUUCUUGUGAUGUCACUUUAGAUUUGAUUGUGCUCUUGUUUUAUUUGUAAGGGCAGCUAAAGUUGCCACUGGCAUCCUCUCUGUUUCCUAAGGGGUUUGGUGCCUGUCAUUAAAAAUGGACACUGAUUGACAUUUACAGUGCAAUCUUACACAGAACUAAGUUACUCUGAGCUCAGUGAGACUUUCAAUAUAGGAUUGCAGCCUAGGUGUACUGUGUAUUAGAAGCAUGAUAUCACUGAGAGUACAAAGUACACGGAAAUUCUAGGGAAGAGCAGAUUACUAAGAGUUAGGGUUAGUCCACAUGGGCACUUUGACUGUUCUUUUCAUUCUUGGGUGCAUGGUUGUGUGACGUACUGGGGGCAGGCUGGAGGCCUGGGCAGGCUGGGUUGUUCUCUUAUAUACCUGCUGGGAUUGACAAGGCAUCUCAUAAAAUGAAAAUCAGAUGGGGGGACUUGGGGAAGCUCACCUAACAAUGUUUAGAAAAAAAUAGGAUAAGACAAGAAUUUGUUUGUAUUGUUUGUUUUUCUGUUUGUGUUGUUUAGUUGUGUUAUAAAAUGAAUAAAAAAAACUGGGGGGGGGAUUGACAAGGCAUCUGACCACCCUCACUUGAAUAUCAUAGCUCUCCUGUAGUUGCCAAACCAAUUAACCAACUAGAACCUGGAGACUCCAAUUGAGAGCAUUCCAUGUCAAGAAGGAGGGCAAGUGGGCACUCUAUCAAAUGACAGGGCAGGAGUUACAUGGAGCAGGGCAUUUUCACUGGUGCUGCCCAUUGUAUGCCUCACUCUUCCCAGACUUGCUCUCUUUUGGCCUGUAUUUUGGAGCUUUAUAAUUUAGGAAGACUUUGGAAGAACUGGUUGGCAUGUCUUAUUAGUUGCUGAGGUAUGAGCAGAUUUUAUUUGCUGCUAUUCUGUGCUUCUGGUGCACCAGGGUUUACACCAGCGUAAUGGAGUUGGCCAGGAUGCCAGAAGGGAUGCAGUUUAUGAGCUUUUUCCAUUAUCUGCGCAGCAGGGGGUGUUCAGUCAACAGUGCAAAGGCUGAGCUGAAGCAUUCCCUGCUGGUCACCUGCUUUCAGCAAUAGGGGUCGCUCUUUGGUAGUACCCAAUUGGUUAGCUGUCAGAUUCUAGAGCUCCCUAUUGGUGGUUAUUAGGUGAUUCACAAAAUACAGAGUCCAUUCAUAAAACACAGUGUUCAUUCAUAAAGCAGUAACAUAAAUCUCCAUUGCUACAUAUUGGGUGUAUAUUUCAGUGGCUGAACGUACAAGUCUAUGGCAAUGCUGUAGUGUAGUGCUUAUGCGACUGUGAAUAAAAGGUGGCUGGGCUCAUUGUCUCGGGGUUUGGGGAGGAAGAGGUGACAAAACUGAUUUCCAGUAAGUGCCCCAAAUUAAUCUCUCGUUCCUUGGUAUCCAAAAACUUUGCUCCAAGUGUGAUCUAUCUGAGAACCAAAAUUAGUUUCCAUUUGGAGCAGGGCCUUUUCAGCGAUGGCUCUUACAGCUGUAAACUGCAUUCCCUUCAGAGGUUUGCUUAUGUUCAUCUUUGUUCUCUUUAAAACAUAAAAUAGACGGAUAAAAUUGUUUCUUACUCCUUCAGAACUUUGAGAAUUGGAAUCAAAUGGAAAUAUGUUUUUGAUUUGUUCCCACUUGAGACUGGCCCUGUGUUGUACUUUACAGAGCCCAGUCCUCCAUUUGAAGGGCUACCUGUUUGAAGAACACUCUAGUCCAAGUCCAGCAGAAUGAGUACAACACAGGUCACCUGGUUAGACAUCCCCACUAUGGUGAGGGAUAUGGUAUUUAUAUUUAAACUACAACAAUUAUGUCUACAUUUGCAUCUAUAUAAAUUAAUACAUGCAGAUUUUAUGUAAAGCUGUUUCCUGCUUUUCUUGGUGAUGUGUUUCUUUCUCUUGGGUUGAGUCAUAAUUGGCUACCUGAUUGGAAUUUGUUUCAAAUUAUUUUGCUUAUUCAUUUUGAAAUUUUUGUUUUAGUAUCUGUGAACAGUCUUGGGGACACUUUCUUCUUCAAAGGUAGCAUAAACAAGUAGGAAAAAAAUUAGUAAUUUUGAGGGCACAAAGCCUUUAUUACCUUGCCUCUGUUCUGAAACACCAUGGCUUUCUUCCACUCUUCCACUGCUCUUGUUUCUUCAUGUCUUUCUAUUUAAAAUACUUAAAUUUUCUACUGCCCAGGCCACCUACCUUGGUUAACGUGGCAGCUUUCUUUCAGAUACUUUCUGGCUGCAUUAGAGCCAAUGCAGAGUUUUUCUAGCUUCCUGGUCCCAUGAGAUGACUGCUAAACCACACAGGAUCUGUACUGCAUGCUUUCCCUGGGAUCAGGAGGUCAUAAAUAAAACUCACAUACUGUAUUGCUUUUAAAUGUAUUGUGUUUUGAACUGCUGCCUUUUUUCCUUUUUGCAGCACUCUGCCAGGAUUGUAAAAGGCCUGUGAGCCAAUAAAAUCCUGAUUAGGCUGGAUAGUCAGUGUGUUUAUUUCACUGUAAACUUUUCAACAUCCCUAAAGCAAUCGCCACUAGUGCUUUGAGGAUCUGCAGAAAACACUGAAAAUGCAUGAAGGAGGGAACACACACACACAGAAAAACACACUUUCAUUUCAGGGACAAGCUAGACAAUGCAUUAUCAUAUUUGCAUACCUUUAAGCUGGUCAAAAACUUAUAGCAAAACCAAAGGGAAGAAAAGGAGGACUGUGAGCUGAGAGUGGGGCAUAGUUUGAAAAUCUGCUCAGCACUUUAAUCCCCCCCCCAGCACAUCCAGAAUGCAUAUAAAAGCCUUUGUCCCGGGUUCUAAUUACCUUAUGUGAGAAUCCUAUUCAUGUUUUCUGCCUCUAAUUCCCACCAAAAGGAGGAGAUGCAAAUGAGAGUACAGCUAUUCAAAAUGUGUGGAGAUACACAUAUGAUAUAGUGAGAAAUGCCGCUUACCUCUCUCCAUGGUGAGUGGUAGUUGCGGCCCACCACAACGCCUCCUCUCCCCGCAGAGCCUCGCCAUUUUACAAGUGGCCAUUGCCGCUCCUCCCUGGCUGCCACGGAGGUGCGUGGGCCUCCACCAAGCCCACCAUUCAAACUGGCCUUUCUGUGGCGGUUUGGAGGGUGGGGUUUUGGGAGCAGACCUUAGGGAUGCAGUCUUCCCUCAGGUCCAUUCCUAGGCACUGCUGUUGUUCUUUUAACACCCUUUUUCUUUCCAGCUCAGCGGGCUUUGCUAUGGUCUUUGGAUGGUUGCUAUAUUCGGAGCCAGGAAGGAAUUUUCCUUGUGCUGCAGGUUUUGUCCUCACUGUAGCACUAGUUUUGGCGGUUUAGGCCUUGGGCGGAAUCCUUAGUCUAUCUCCUAACCUUUGGGGGUGAAGAGGUGACUCGUCCCCCUUCCAGGGGUGGCAUUUAUAGGGUACCCCGUUAGAGGAGUCUUGAAGUCUCUGUUCAUAGAGCAAGAAGCAGGUCAUAGAGCUUCCCCAGUGCUUAGGGUUGGGCCAUUCAUGUAAACCUGCGUUUUGUGAUGGCCCCUUCUUCCCCCAAGCAGACCCUGUCAUGCUUCAGACCCUCCACUAGGAGGCUGAGAGGGAUACAUGCCCAGUGCCUAUGCCAAAGAUUUACCUACCUCUGAAAUCAAUAAAGUUGUGGCCUUUUAAUCCCUGACCAUUGUGGUGUCCAUUUAUUCAUAUACCCUAGAUGACCAGGCUUUGCAGGGACAGGGACUCCAUGGCUGCUCACACAAUGCAAGGCAAAGGCAUAUGUAUUUAAAUGAGAUCACUUGCAUUGGAGACAACAGACUUCACAACUCCCUAUCAUUUAAAAAAAUAUAUAAAUAGGGGAGAGGAUGAUUGAAAGAGAGAGAUUUCUCCGUCCAAAAAACUCCACACACCUGAUGAAAUAACUAUUUUAUGGUAUGCAUUUGACUCCUUCAAAGGAACUUUCUCGAAAGUGGGCAUACUGUUAGGAUUUCAUAUAGCAGAUACCUCUCCGUAUUUUUCUUUUCUUUCCAAAGGCUAAGAUGUGUUUCUAAAGGAACACAAUCAAGUUGCCAGUUUAAAAUUCAGUAUGGCAUUCAGAGAGUCUGGUCUCUGGUGCUGACCUCCUGUCAUUUUCAUCUGUAACAUGAAGGUGGCACCAUGAUAAAGGAGCGGCUAAGAGACAAGAUAGGGAGAUUAAAUUGAAGGAUCCAGAGAGUUGUAGCAGUGUGCAGCAUAUAAGCAGGUAUGCAUAACAGAUCUAAAGGAUAAAGACAUAAGAUAACAAAUAGUAGGAGAUAUGGUGCUGAACUGGGGCAGGAGGAGAGAAAGGAGUUUAAACUUAUUGCAAAUAAAAUGGCAGGAUUCGUGGGAGGGAUUAGGGUGAAAUGAUGACAGCGGCAUGUUUGGUUGGUGACUGCGGAUUCAAUUACCAUAUCAAACAUAGUCUCUCCAGAUACUUAGAAAGUUGGGGCAAUCUUAAUCUCUUUUAGUAUUUUAACUUUUGUAUGUUUUAAAGUAGGGUUGUAAUUUUUUUCUUAAUUUUGCUUGUAUCUUUUGUAAAUUGCUUUGAGGUUGUUGUUUUGCAGCCAAGCAGUGUAUACCAUAAAUUUUAUGAAAUAAAUCAAUUAAAUUUCUUCUAUGAAUUGUGUUUAUUAGGCUAACACUGUCUAUUCUAGCUUUGCCCAGCUUGGUUCCCUUCAGAUGUUUUGAGCUAUAAUUCCCAUCAACUGCAGUGUUUGCAAGCAUACUGUCGGAGCCUGAUGGAGUUGCAUCUAAAACAAUAUGGAGGAUGGAAGGCUGGUCUAAUCAGUCUGCAACCAUUCAAGCAUAGGCAGCAUAUGCAAAUCUGUUUGGGAUUGUCGCUGAAGAAGGGCAUAUAAUUGCUUCCUUCACUUUGGAUAAAAAUGCAAUCUUGAUUGCUACACCUCUUAAAAUUUGGAUGUGAUUGGGAACACAUGAACAACCCUUAGCCAAGACCACAUAGUGUGUAGUGUGUUAUCUGUAUUUUGAAAGCUGAAUUUUGCAAGAAUUCUGGAAUUAAAAGUAAUCCUCUAGGCAAUAUCCACAGUGAUGUAAUCUAUUGCCAUUUCCUGUUUAUAUAACUGGUACAUCAUGAUGAGUUAAUCAAAAUACAUGGCUCCUGCUGAUUAGCUGUGCAACUAAUGAAUUGUGCAGUAAUAGAACUAGUAAAAAAAUGGUCAUACAGUUUUAAAAGGAUUUCCUUUUGAGGCUUGCCUUCAUAUUUUACAGGAUUUUGAGUCCCCCACCCUUAUAAUUACACAAAUUGGGCAGAGAACUGCAGUUUGAACAUGAUAAUAUUAUUCACUGCAGAUACCAGGUAUCUUUUCCACCUCCAAUUCUGCGUAAACAAUAGUUUUGGCAUGUGAUUUUGUGGGGCCAGAUAAGUUGUUAUGGUUUCUAAUCUUUGGAUGUUCUGAGUGUGUUUUGACUGUCACAUCUGGAGAAGAAUGAAAAGUGAGCCUGCUUGGCUUCAAAUGAUGACCCAGAAGUGUUAAGGAGGCAGCAAACCAGCAUGGGUAUGGAAGGUAGAUACAUAGGGGAUUUUUUUGUUUAUUGGGUUGCAGGCUUAAUAAAGGACUUACUUUUGGAAUAAGCAUUCAUAGAGUAGGAAGCUGAGGAAACUUCCAGACUUGCUAUAGAGUGGGUGGAAUUCACUUGCAUAUCAGCAAAGUGGAUUUGACUUUGGCACACAAAAGGACAUGGACUUUUUGAAGUAAGGAAAGUGAUGGGGAAAUGCCAUGUAAAGGGAUAACAAGUGAUUGUCACAACAUUGUAUAACUUCCCCGAAAACACAAACAAAUGCUCAGUAUUUGGCAAUCUUGUAUAGCCUCCCUGUAAACGGUGUUGCAGAAAAUCAGGAUGAAUACUCAGUAAACAUAAUUUUGAAGCAACCUUUGUUUCACUGAGUUAAACUGAGUUAUGUUUUAGAUUAGUCUACAGAAAACAUUCCUCAUAUAGCACAUCAUUUAAUGCAUGAAGAUACAAUAUAAAGAAAAAAGCUUUUAAAGCAAAAAUUGGAGAUUAAUUGAAAGUUGUCAAGUAUUGAAAUUGACCCAAAAGUUUGACAAUAAUAUAAAACAUCCAAAAGGACCAAGAAAGAAUGCAAGAAAAAGUGGAACCACUAGGUAACAAUAUCAAUAAACUUUGUUGAGUCUAUGAAAUACUAAGUGAUGAAAACUGUGUUAGCUUUGUAGCUACAAACUUUAAGUAGAAUAUCAUUUGACCAGUGUUAAGCAUACUUAAGUUCCAUUGAUUUCUGUGGGAAACUGAAGCACAUGCUAACUUCCUCCAAAAGGAAUUGAAUGGGAUUUGGGAAUCCUUCCUUUUAAAAAAAGAAAGAAAUGGGGGUGGGCAUUUCUGUAAAUGAAUUAUUCUUUCUCCCAAAGUUUCAAAGAUGAGUGAGGUGGUGGUAAAGAAGAUAGAAUUAUUGUUUAAGAUAUAAGCCUGUAAAUAGGCUAUUAUAAACUGGAGUGUUCUGACAUGUUAGCAGCAGCUUGGCAUUUCCAUACAACUGGAAGAAGGUGAUUAUUUUAAAAUGACAGAUACAAAUAUAGUGUUCUAAGCUUUAUAACUACAUUACUUAUUAUAGGAUUUUAAAAAGGCAAACUACUAAAAACAUACAAAAGCAACAAAACACACGUUAGAAAACCAGCGGUAGAAAAAUGCUGGCUUUUACAGACUUACCCUUGGAAUUUCAUUUGGGUAGGAAAACAUUUUUCCCAGGCCAGGGAAUUUCUUUCUCAAAUGCAGCAUUGGUUUCCUCAAAACUUGCUGUAGAAAGCAGUUGCAGGGUUCUUAAAAUAUGUUCAUUCUUUUUUAAACAACAACAACUUUGAAUUUAUUUUUGCACACACCUACAAAAAUCAACACAAUAUAAAUGUUGGCAUUGGGUUGGAUCCAGAGAAACUUACUACAAUGGAAUAUCUUUCAUUGGAGGAAAGUAUGUCAUCUCCUUGGGAUGACUGCUGCCUCCACUGGAAAAAGACCCUCAGAUUGGAAAAGCGUCUCUGGAUCCAGCCUGCUGACGUUGACAUGAAAGUUACAACUCACAUUUAAAAUACACUUCUUCCUUGACACCUGCAUAAAAAACCCCCAGUGUCAUAAACAAAAGCUAAAUGUUCUGUUGUGUUUAUGCCAUUGCUUUUUUUUGUCCAAAGACUCCCAAAAAUAUUAGUACAAAUGAAUAUACAAUAAAAGUUCAAUCAGUACAAUCAAUCAAAAUGACAUAAAAUAGAAAAAUCAACAAAUAGUCACCAAUCGCACUGUGUCUAUGGUGAAAGCACUGGAUAUGCUUUCACCAUAGACACAGUAUUCCACCUGUUUCACAACCUCUACCCUCCCAGUGCUGCUCCAGUCUCUCACCUGGGAACAAGCUCAUCCCGUAAUGCCCAUGCCCACAUCACACUCCAAAGGGUCACACCCGCUUUAGCGUCACCUGUAUUGGGGCUGGCUUGCUGGCAGUGACCCAAUGUCAUUCUGGAUAAAUAAGCAUCAUUCCUGGAAACCAGCUAUAGCCAUGGCAAGUUCUUGUGCUUCAUAGAUAGGUCUAGUUGGCCAAACCUUUUGGCUCCUCCAGUAGGCUGCUGUUCUGCAGGUGCAGCAGAAAAGGACUGGGGAGGCUAAACUGAAUGCCCAUCUCGCAGCCAGCAGUAGGCCUGUUACUGCUUCCUGCCUCCUGGGCUUGUAAAACAGUGAGCUGUGAAAAGACCACUCCCCCCCCCCCUCCAAGAAAACAGCAUGUCUCUUGUAUUAGUGAAACUGGUAGCUUAGUCUGCAGAGCAUGAGACUCUUAAUUCCAGGGUUGUGGGUUUGAGCCCCACGUUGGGUGAAAAUUUCCUGCAUUGCAGGAAGUCGGAUGAGAUGAUCCUUGUGUCCCCUUUCAUCCCUACAAUUCUAUAGUUCUAUGACCAAAAGAAAAAAGUCUGUGGAGGAUAAGAGCUUUUGCUGGUGGCAUAUUAGUUGCCAGAUGGAACAUAGUGGAUCCUCCUCCAUUCAGUGUACAGUACAGGUAGGAGUUUAUUAUCCAUGUGGCUGGGGAAUCUGGUCAGUUCUUCAGUACAAAUACCUGUUGAACUGUGUUAAGCUUAGAAUAUCCUUCUGCAGGGGAAUAGAACGUGCACCAUAUAACAUUUCCACCCUGUAGAUCUUUUGCACUGGAAUAUAAUUUGGAAUAUAAAUACACAUAGGAGAGGUGUGCCCCCCCCCCACAAAAAGCAUGUUCUGUGCUAUGCACAAUACAUGGCAAUAGAAGAGAACUUGAGGGUGGAGAGAGUGUUAAACUUGAAUGAGCUUUGGGAAUCCUUAACAUCUUCCAGGGGAAAGUAUUUGAACAUACUUUUGACAGUGUCUUAAUGUGCUUCUUUCAUCGGCAAGGAACCACAUUUUACAAUGCAGGGUAGGUAUUAUUUAAUUACAGGUUGAGACCAAAAAAGAGAGGAGGUGUUGAUGACUGUUUAAUCUCCUUAUGUUAUUAUCUAACAAGUGGUCUUGAGAGAAUACCCAACAUGUUGAAUUGAUUCUCUCGUGCUAUGCUAGCUAUUUGUGUAUACAUAAUGACAACAAGCACAAUGGUGACUCUGUUGUUUGGACUUCUGCCAGCUCACUGCCACUUCCUUCACUUUGAGCUUGACGGAGGGAAUGAUCUUACUUCAUUGGCUGUAGAGGAACUGGUGUGGACAUGAGAAGAACUGACAUGGACCACCUCCAGAUGGUUGCGAAUUCUUGGUGGGAUUUAAUUGCAUACCAGCAAAAGCAGGUUGUGCCAUUUGAGUUUAUUCAGUUUAUUCAGUUUAUUCAGUGUCCCCCCCAAUGGAAUUUUUACAAUUUAAAAAUUGACAGGAAAAUGCCUUGGAAAGUAUGGAAUAGCAAUUGCUAUUAGACACGAAGUUGUCUAAUGUUUUCCACUGGGCUCCUUUGGGAAGAAGGGCAUGAAAUAAAACACACACACACACAUACACACACACACAUAAAACAAACAAACAAACAAACAACAUCCCUGCACACACAAAAAUCAGAAAAAACUCUCAAAAAUGGCGGACAUCUGAACUCCCCACAUACUGUGUAAACAAAUCAAGAUGAAUGCGAAUUUAAACAGGUUACCUGGAAGCAACCAUGUAUCCUUUCCUUUUCUCUUUAAGAAGGUUUGGCAUGAAAGAAGACAAGGGUCUAAAUGGCAGUGCUAGUCUCUCCUCAUUCACAUUCAUUUAACCCCUCUACAGUGUCUGAAACUGCUCUAAUCCAUGUCAAGGUGGACAUCACAACUCCAGAUGUUUCAUUUCCUCGGAAGUCUCUUGGGAACUUGUCAAAGACUUUCUGCAAGGCAAUAUAAUAACAUUAUUUGCUUUCCUUCUUCCCUUACUUCUUUCCCCCUUCAGGCCAAGUCCUUAAGUCUUCUUAUAGGGUUAGAGUAAAGCAACAGACUGAAGCUUACACCAGCAAGCACUGCACAUUAAUUCUGCGUACUUAUGGUAGCACCUGUAUUUAUUAUCAAACAGCAUUAACAGCAGAGGGUUUCUUGUCAUGUAGACAGAAGAGAAAUUGUUUUCUUUGGGAAAAGGAAAGCCAAGGCAAAUAUGAAUUACUUUAUUGGAAUGCAAGAUGGACAGGAAAUAAAAUCAAAGGUCAACAGUAAUUGUGGCUUUGUCUAGUAAAGUGAUAUCUUUACUGCACAUUAAUUUUCUUCCUGCCAUUCCUUUGUCUCUCAUUUUUGGCAGCUGAGCUCAGAGGCCCAAAAUGGGAAAAAGAUAAUGGGUUACGAUCAAUGCUCGUAGACCAGACAGCUAAUCUGAACUUAACCAAAAAGUCAAUAUUUAGCUCUACCUUAUCAGCGAAGAAAUGUCAAGCAUAGAGGUAGACAUGAACAAAUUUCCAACCGAUUUCUUUCUUGCGUGCUUCUGCGGUCAAAGCUGCAUGGAAGAGUUUCAGCAUCAGAUAAGACAAAACUGCCUUUGAAGGAAAAAGAAAUGUAACAAACAGCCAACUUGCAAAUGCAAGAGACUGUCGUUUAUGAGGCAAAACCAACGUCAACAAUUCAUUCUAAUCUCUCCUCACACAUUCUAUUGGUUACCUCCCAGUCCCUGUGAUGCUAGCAGCUGAUAGUUACAUGCUGCAGGCCAGCCUUUAGCAGAUAAGGGGAACUGUUUUCUUCCUGUGAAGCCCUCAUUUAUUGUGGCUGAAAAACAAUAGGCACCAAUGGUUUGCAUUCCAAAGUUGGAAAGCUAUAGUAGAGCAUAGUAUGGUUCUUUGUAAAUGGGCAAUUAUAAUUAAAACUUCGGCCUUGAAAUGCAUGGUUCAUUUAUGAAAAUCCCAAUGGUCAUUCCUCUCCAAGACUGGAUUCAUCACUACCAAAAACAACAACAAUAACAACAACAACUACCAGGUAUAUAGAUGCCUUUGCAAUGGCAUAAUUGCCUGAAAGUUUUCUAAUAUGAUGUUUCUGGUUUUCCUUGACAUUCUCUGCUGUGCAGAACAUAGCAAUCCUUCUGUUAUCACAGCAAGGCAGAAGCAGUGGGCAAGUUCGUUCAGAUUCAGGAAAACUGAAUAUGUUAUAUAUUUAUUUGAAAAAUAUAUAAACCACCCUCUAUCCCCUUCAUCCAUGAAUUCCAAAAUGGUGUGCAAAUACAAUAAAAAACCAUGACCUUCAUAAUGAAUAACAAAUUGAGAGCAAAAACUAUUGAUGAAAAAACUGCAAAGCAGGGCUAAAAUUUAAAUAUUUGGACAAAUAAGAAUGCCUUAGCCUGGUGCAGCAGUCAGCAAUGAAGCCUAUUUGGGGACAGCAUCCCAUACAGUACUAACAUUUUAGCUAGGCAAGAGGCAUAAUACAAUAGUCUCUGAAUUGGUUAUACAGGUAAGGAAGAAAAUGAUACACUGUAGGCAGCUGCAUCAUGUGAGGCUAAGUUUAUUGUGGUUUGGGUCACUUCCAUGAAGUCUUUUGGCUUAGGCCUGGUCUGCACAAAUUCCGGUUCCUCGAUCAUACCACUUCAGUCAGCAGGCAGGGUGGGGGUGCAUGUUGGAAUUUUGCUCCCCAAAUUAAAACAAAUAUUUGCUGUGUGGGAACAACUUCAUGCACCUCUUUUUUUCUUUUUCUUUUUUUGGUUAAAAAGUGUGACCCUGUAACAACUUUAUGGUGAGUACCGGCGCCUACUUUUCUAGAAAAAUAAGCACGGCAUAUGGUACAAAAUAAACACUACCCAUGAAAUAGAUAUUAAAACCAAUACUGUUGAAAGGAAUCAUAUCAUUUAACAUACUCUUAAAAAUUUCACAAACCCAAAAAAUGCUGAUGAUUAUAAUAUGAAGACUUGUUUGCUGAGUCUAUUUUUGGUCUGCACUGGUUAUGUUGAGAAUGAAUGGUUGUUCCUCAAGUUAUAGUAAGCAAAAAUAUUUAUGAGUGACAAAGUGAACAAUGCAACCUGCAGAUUAGUGUGAAAUCUCAUUGGGCUUAUCAUUAGUCACAGCAGAAGAUAAAGGGCUAUCAAUCGAUCUGUACUUACACUGAAAAGCUUUACUGCUAUAAGUUUCAGAUUUCAAGCUCACAGCAUGGAUUGAGCAUGUUUUACAUGUAGAAUGAAAGCCAGUUAUGAACUAUAUGGGGGAUGUGAAAUCUGAAUACGUGCCCUUUAUUUAUGUUUACCCAUUCUUAAUUAAUUGUUUUUGAAUAUUGAGAAAGUUGGCCCAAUCUGAAAUGCUGUUUUGCUUGCCAUGUUUCUCAGUUUUCAGACAUGGUUCAUGCCCAUUUCUCCAAUCUGAUGUGUUCAACUUCUCUUGCUUGUCUCACUUCUAGUGCCGUACUCAGCGCAACUCUUCAUAUAUGAACAAUAGCCCUACAUAUGGCACUCUGUAGCAGAAAGUAAACAUUAUAACUGCAGUUACUUAUUGGAACCUAAAUCUUUAGAAAUGAUUUCCAAAAGCCAUGUAGGAACUACAAACUGAGCUACAUGCUAUCUUGCUUUAAGGAGGAGUAUAAAAUUUACUGACUAAUCCCAAGUAUGUUAAUUCAGAGACAAAACCUAUGUAGUUCAAUGUGGCUUCCUAACAAGGGUGUUCAGGACUGUAGCUUAUUUGCACAAGAAGCAUAUUCAAAAUCAGUGAAUUCCACAUCUACCAUUUCACAUCCUUGUGAUUCCAUCCCUGGAUGAAGUAUGCUGUUCAUUGACCUGGGGAAGGACUUUCUCAUUGAUGGCUCCAUGCCUCUGAAAAGCCCCACCCUCAAAUGUGAUUCAUACCAACUCUGUGCACUUUUAGGCACCAGUUAAAAAUGCUUUUGGCAGGGACAGGACAUGGGGAGUUGAGGUUAUGAGCUGAGGUUGGUUUACUAUUGGAAGAACAGCUGUUGGUAAUGUCUACUGUGAAUUUUAAUGUUUAGGGUUUAAAAUGUUGUUAUUAUUUAGUGGUUCUUAAAUAAUUAAUUCUAAUCCACCUGGGAUCAUUACGUGAGGAAAGACAGGAUAUAGAUUUAACAACAACAGCAACAGCAGCAACAACAACAACCCUAUGGGGUUGACUAUACUGCCCAGCUGAUGUAUUUAUGGAAAUAGUGACUGAUGCAAUGCUCAUAAUUACUGAUGGAAUGCACUAUUUCUAUUUUACAUCAGAUGAAAACCUUAAUAUAUUUAGGGGGGAAACCCUAAAGAUAAGAGAAUCUAGUACAGAUGGAAAGCACUAACACACAGCUGAAUCUGAUAUACAUUGGAAAGUUGUUUGACUCUUCUCUAUGGAUUACAGUCAACUAACACUUCUUUAGAGCAAACACAUUGAAAUUAAUGGAGCUGUGUCAGCCUACUCUUGAGAAGAACUUAGUUGAAUACUACCCUAUGGAUUUGGAUAUGUCUUAAGUUUUUGUAACCAAAUAUUGCAUGGUGAUUUUUGAGAUCAAGAAGCAUGGUUUUGUCUACAUUUGGAUACAAUUAGAUGAAGCAAGAUGACAGGCGGAACCUUUCAAAACUGCCCCGAUUUUUUGGUUUCUUAGAAUUCCUGAGCAACGCUGGGUACAAGGCUGCUAGUACAGAAAUAAAUUGCAGUUAGUUGGGUUUUUCCUGUAUUAAACAGAGAGCAGGUUAAAAAGGGUUCCCUAGACCCAAUGAGGUUUUGUCUUUCUUUUUCGACUCCCAUCCCCCACUCACCCAUCUAAUCAGUUUUAUGAGAAUUCAUGCCAGCACCCCUUCCCCAAUACCACAAACCCAUCAAGUAUCAUUGUAGGAGAAAAGGAAUGCAAAAGAUGCAAGUAUUGGCAUUCCCUUUAUUUUAAAAGAAAAGCUGUCCAGGGGUAUGCACAUUCGCACCAGCCUCCCAUCCUACAGAUGACCAAAGAUAAACUGGUUAUUAGACUUGUUCGUCCAAAUUACAGGAGAGUAUAUUUGCAUUGGCAGAGUGGUGGGUAAAAGAAUAUAAGGUUUUCUAUGACAAUGUAAACCCCCAGUUGAGAGGAAAUGCUGAAUGAAUGUAAACCAUCUGUAAGCUACCCACAGCAGCUUGGCAAUUUAGCACAAUCACACUGCUCUGAGACUGCUACAGGGCAACAUUCCCAACCGUCAAACAUACAAUGUCAUUUUAAACUCGAGUUUCUAUUGAAACCAGUGGCGUUCAUCUCCCAGUCUUAGAAUUGUGGAGCAACUGUUCCAGAUCUAGGCUCUCCUGUUAUUUGAGUAGAUGUUUAAUAUCUUCAUGCCCUAUUGAAUUUCUUUAAUACUAGCAUUUGGGGUGAAAAGUUUAAAAAAGCGAUAUGAAAAUCCUUGAUGCCUGAAUAUGUAUGUGUGUGUGUGUGAGAGAGAGAGAGAGAGAGAGAGGGAGAGAGAGAGAGAGAAAGAGACUAAAAUGUUCAUUUAGAUUAACUAAUUGUGAGCCAGUUUUCUGUCUGAAUUGUUUGAGAUAUACUUCUUAUCUCGGCCAUGAGUCAUUGUGGUCUGUUGCUGUAAUGUGUAUUUUCAAAUAACAAACAUUUUGGUAAUUAAUGUGAUUUUAAUAUGCAGUUUAAAAAACAAACAUAUAUUCCUUUCUCAUGGGUUUUACUACGAUCUAAUCCAGACUUCCUCAACCUCGGCCCUCCAGAUGUUUUGAGACUACAAUUCCCAUCAUCCCUGACCACUGGUCCUGCUAGCUAGGGAUCAUGUGAGUUGUAGGCCAAAAACAUCUGUAGGGCUGAGGUUGAGGAAGCCUGAUCUGUAAAGUGGUACUGAGGAACCCUAGGCCAAAGUACUAUUUUGUUUUGACACCUAAUCUUUUGCAGGAACCGUUGCAUGGCUCUUUUGAAAACAGGCAUAACAAACCACAUGUCCAAUACUGUGUUGUAUAAACAUUCUCAAACAGCAAAUUAUAAUACAAAAAUGUUCUUGGGUUUAGAUAUUGCUAAUAACCCCUCCACCCACAUAUAUUCCACUUUCUUAUAUAUGACUUUAGGACAGUGCUUCUUAUGAUGUUUGUGGGAUGAGGCCAUGGAUUCAGAGGAGAUUGCUCUCAGAACCAGUCUCCACUAUAUCUGAACCACUGGCACAUGAUGAGCCUAUUUUGCCCUCACCACUCUAGUCCAUGGAGUUUGCAUUGCCAGAUCCCAAGGCUGCCACAGCAGAGGACUUGAGCGGAUGUUGGAGUCAAUGUCUGUUAAAUUAUUAUUCAUUUCAUUUCUAUACCGCUUUAUAUUAACAAUAAAUCUCAGAGUGGUUUACAACACAUUAAAACCUCAAAUAAAGCAAUCCAGCAAAACAUUACUGAAAAAAGUCAACUAUAAAGUAUACAUUCAAAGAAACAAAGUUAACAAGAAACUAAAAUGUUAUCUUAAAUAUUUCAAAGUAAAACAUUGCAAAAGUCAACUACAGAAUGCACAUUUAACUUAGCAAAGUUAACAAAAAACUGUAAACUUUAAAAAAAAUAUUAAAGAAGUCAAAAUAAAAUGCACAUUUAAAACAUCAUAAUUAGCAAAAGAAUAAAAUAUGAUCAUAAGCCUAGAAUGUAACUGCUGCUGUUGUUUCCAGUCCUGCCAAUGGUGGUUCAUGGCAAGUGAUGGCUCAGGCUCAAUGACCUAGGUCUACACCAAUAGACAGCCAAGUUGGUCUCUGGCCUCAUAUGUAGCCUCAGCUUUUGUAGCUGGAAUCAAUCAAGGCUCUGCCCUCCCAGGCCAGGUGAAAAAAUACCUGCAAGGCAGGGGGCAAAUUUUCCAGGACUCACAGCCAAGAUAGUCUUUAAUGGAAGAAGCUUCUGUCAUCGAAGGUGGAAUUAGCCACCCAGCUGGAGCUCUAUUGAAGGCUCAGGGUGGAGUUGUCUGCUGCUGAAGCAACAUUUGAGCCUUGCUCCUAUGAGGCUACAGCCUGCAUGCUCCAUAGAGCUGUCCAGAGUGCUGUCUGUAUCCUCAAUUCCUACCCUGCCUGAACCUUGACUUGGCUCUGCCUUGCCUUGCUUGUGUUUGCUUUGCUCUGCUGAAACAGGGACAUAGCCCUAUUUGCCUCACCUGACUAUACUUUGUCAGGGCUGAAUCUUCAGCUAUGAACAUCCUGCUUGGGGUGUUCUUGCAUUGCUGUUGCCAUGGCUUGGAAAAGAACACUAGCUUUUUUAUUGAAAGUGUUUUGCUCCGUGAAAUAUCACUCUGCCUUUGGUUUCUUUUCCUUGCAUAUACCCCUGACAUUUAUUUUCCUUCCUCUCUCUGCAAUGGAUUCUUGUCUCCCUCCUACUCUUCAAUCCUUGAUCUUUCUGCCAAGUGAGGCAGCUGAGUCCAGCCCACCAGGUGGUUGCUGGCACCAUUCAGCUACAUUCUGUUCUACCUCCUGCUGUUCUUAGUCAGGAUUGUGGAGGCAUCCACAAAUCCUGGCCCUCGAGGGUAUUGGCUUAAGCCACUGCUGCUGCUGAUUUUUGUCAGAGGCAAAGUCAGAGCUUGCUCUUCUGAUUUAAGAAAAAAAAAAUGUUCCAAUGACAGUUGUAAAGGUCAUUUUAAUUUUUUUGUCUUCUGCAAAUCUCUGAAACCAUUCCAUGAUGAUUUUGGACUUAUUUCACCCAUACCUAAUGGGAAACUACAAACUUAGUUUAGUAUCAUGGCAGCAUACACACAACAAGUAAAAAAGUCCAUUCUAAUUAAAUCCAUAUUUUAAAAGUGUUUAUGUUUCCACUGGGUAAGAUACUCACCCCCCCCCAAAAAAAAUUGAAAGUAUUAGGAAUCUAGGAAGCUACCUUCUUCCAUCUAGUUCAGUGCUGUCCACACAGAGCAGCAGCUCUCUAUAGUUUUAGACAUGGGACAUUCUCACCUUACCUGGAAAUACUGAUAAUUAAACCUAGGAACUCCUACGCUCAAAACAGAUACUGUACCACUGUUAAAUUUUCCCUGAAUCUAAUCAUAUUUGAGGAGGUGUGUAGCCAUUAAGAGGAAGAUAGACAGCAGACUGGCAAAGCUGUAAAGGCCACUUUUUGGAGGUAGCCAAUAAGAGAUCCCUCUGAGCUAUGACAUGUUUACACUGCAGAACUAAAGCACAUUUCUUGGAUGAGGUAGUGAUCCACAAAUAUCUCACACGCACACACACAGACCAUUGAUCCUUUUUUUUGCACAGUGGAGGAGUGAUACUUCAGCAUAUAUACAAAGCAGGGGUGGGAAACCUUUGACCUUCCAGAUGUUGCUGAACUACAACUCCCAGCAGUCCCAACAAGCCUUGAUUAUAGCAGUUGUAGUUUAGCAAUAUCUGGAAGGUCAAAGGUUCUCCACACCUGAUAUAAAGUAAAAUGCUACCAUAUGUACAUAGGCCUGAUCUUACUCCCCUUUGUUGAGAGGGGAACAGUCACACAAAGUGCACAUUAAGUCUUCAUUUCAUGUGUUGUUUUUGUGUGUGUGGUGAGGCAGAGACCAGACCUUUGGUUGGGUAGAGAUAUGAAUCAGCCCUGUGGGAUUUGCUCAGAGUAGUGAGCAGAGCUGGACAAAUUCAUUUCAGAUAAGGGCAACAUUACCACCACUUUUAAUUUAUUAAUGCCUUCAAAAUCACCACCUCAAGGCAAUUUAUGCAUUUUGUUGACCUAUGGCUUUUAAAGUUGCCUUUUGAAUGUACUUCAUGGUUUUAAAAAUCAAGUUUAAUUCUACAUUGGUUCUGACAGUUUCCUACUGAAACCAGACUUAUGUGCACACCUUAAAAUUCAGUUUGGAAAAGUAUUUAGUUAUAAGUGUAACUGUUAUGAAGUAGUAUUUUCUUUUCUGCAACGGGGAGACACAACUCUGAAAUGUUGAGGACUGAAUUAGAUGAUAUAUGUGUCUGGCUUGUGAUACACUCACUGUUUAAUAAGCCCACCAAAUACUAAAUUUUUACUAGUGUGACAUUAUACAUAAAGCCAAAUUCAUCAUACAGUUUUAAUGCUGACCUCCUACUGUGUUUUGCACAGAGAACUGAGCCAGGAUGUUACUCUUGGCUUAGAGUUAUGGCAUGAUACAGGAGACUGAAUACUGAGGCUUGGGUUAUGAAUGCCUUGACACAAGACAGUCAGUCAAUAUUCUGACUGCAACCUGGAGAUACAGCAGACUGCAAUUUCUUAGCUCAAAUCUUAGUUAUUUUGCCAAUCAAUGUUAAUAAUAAAUACUUUGCCAAAAUGUCUUUCAGGUCUCUAUGCAAUCAUUUGAUUUUCAUCUGUGCCUCAUUAAAAGCUAUUUUAUUAGCACUGAGAUUCUCUGCAUAUAUAAGCCAACCUUGGCUCUAGGUUGGUCAAAGAGAAUUUAAUAAAAUUCAGAUGGUGUACAAACUAUCAGAGGGAUAUAAAAAUUCUUCAGACGUGCAAUAACAGCUUCUGUUCCUGGCACACUGUAAUAUCAGCAAACUCCAGUUCUGUUUUCUCUUUGACUGUAGAUGGUUUGGUUCACAGCUACAUUGAAAUUGAACAGGAAAUCAAAAUAUUGAAACCCAAAUAUUUAUAUUUUGCAGUUUUUAUAAACCUUUGUGGCCAUUCUGUGGAAUGAUAGAGUUCUGCAAGAGCAAUGCACUUUAAACAUUAUUAAGGAAGGGAUUUCUUUUUAUUAAAAAGACAAAAUCUCAUUGAUGAUUAAUAUUCAGGAAAAGAAGUGUUCUCUGCAGAAAACAUAAUUCUGCAUGUUCAAUUUACUAUAGCAGUAAACUGAAGAUUGGGAAAUUGGUUGAAACCAAUCAGAAUUACAAUCAAAAUUACUGAGACACAGGGUAUUUUAAAUAACUGAAAAUUAUUUGCUAUGCAAUGAUUUCAGUAUCUGAUAUUUGGCUGUUAAUAUUUGACUGUAUUUAGUAGUUUUUAUAUUCAGUAUUUCAUAAAAUUUGACACCUGACAUUCAGAUGAAUUUAGCAUCUGAGGGCCUGCUUUGGACCAAGGUUUGAAUAUAAAUUUAAACAAGCAAGCAAAAAUAUAGGAGGCUGCCAAGGCUACCUAGAAUGUUACCUUUAAAACACGACACCCCAGAAACAUUAGAAAAACAAAAAGAUCUAAAGGGUUUUUGUGAAUUUCAGUAUGAGAAAAGAAAUGGAAAGCAGACUCUUUAUGAGUUGAAAUGCCUCCUAUUGCAACAUGACUUCUGACCAGCCCUAUACCAGGGAACAUUUCAUUUCACUUUUAAUUUGUAUACUGCCUUUCUCAGUUUACAAGCUGAAGAUACAACAAAGUAUGCAACAAAGAUCAAACACACCUUACAACAAUCUGAUCCAAUACAAAAAAGUCACUAAUAAAAACAUAACUUUAAAAGAAACAACAUAUAUCAAAUAAAGUAAUACUCAGUAAUCCAUUAGAAUAUAAUAGUACACAAUAAAAUUAACUCUCAAAAUAAGAGCAAAUAAUAAUUAAACAGAAACUCAAUCUUAACAAUUACAAUAAAUAAUUACUAUACUGUAAUAAAUUAAAAUAACAGCAAGUCAUAAAAUACCACAACACAUACAAAACCAUGUAAAAGGAUCAAGCUGAAAAACAAAGACACAAUCAUAAUUAAAAAUUAAUAAAACCCUGAACUCCUCUUUUCCCUUUCCAGCUGCUUCUGCUGUUCUUAAAGUCAAGGCUUGGGAAAGACUGCAGGAUGGUUUAAGACAACAGAACAGGGGAGGCAGUGGCAUCUGUACUGAUUAUAACAGUGGGUAAUUGCUAUUAAAUGUUAAUAAAAUUAAUAAAUACGAAUAGCUAACUAUGCAUACAUGGGGGGGGGGGGGGAGAGAAGGAAGGGCCUUUAAAGUAAAUAAUGAAAUAGGUACUCAACUUAAGGAAAUACAUGGGAAGGUGUCUUUGAAUACGUCUCCUGAACCUUAAAAGCUCUUACACAUUCUGAUGUCAGGGACUGGGCAGAUAAAGAGGAAUGGUGGAGGUCACCUUCCCAGGAUCCUUCCAGAUAGAAGGAAGGGGCAGAUAGUAUCGAUCUAGAGGAGGGGUUUGGCACAGGUCACACCCCAGAAGAAGAAGAGGGAAGAAGUUGGGAAAUAAUGGAAGAUGAGGAGCAGGAACCAGGCAGCAUUGAACAGACAGAGCCUGAGCAGCAGCUGACUGACACACUGCCGGUGGAGAGUUUCCCAGAACCCGUUCCCUUGCUGUGAAUAGCAGAGAAGAGGGCUCAAAGGUGGGUGGCACUUAGUAGCCGCUGUCAGAGGGAGGAGGACUGUGAUGAAUAGGGAAGUACAGAGAAGGGGAGGUGGAGCUUCACUCGAGGCAACGUCGGAUGAUGAACAGUGUGGAUGGAAUUUUGUCCUGGAAAUUCUAAUAAUAAAAAGGAACUGAAAAGCUCGCUUUCCCCCCUGUCUCUCUGCUUUACUGGGCAGGCAGCCAGUAGCCGCCAACAGCACCCUGACAUCCUGAUUGUUAUGUGGUAACUUUAGGAUUAGAAUAUGGGUUCAGCUUGCUAAUCCUUCUGCCUUCUAUUCUGUGUAGAGAAGGCACCCCUAAACCCGGCCCUACAGAUGUUUUGGCACUACAGCUCCCAUCAUCCCUAGCUACAGGACCAGUGGUCAGGGAUGAUGGGAUUUGUAGUCCCAAAACAUCUGGAGGGCAGAGUUUGGGGUUGCCUGGAGGGAAGACUGGGUGUUUUCUCCACUCUUUACAAAGAACUGACUGUUGUUUAUACUGUAAUUGCUGUUUUAGAUGUCUGCUUCUGUGUGACAAAGGGAAGACAACCCACACAGGUGAAGGCAACACUCCUUUGAACUCAGGCUUAACAUAUAUCAGGCAUCCCCAAACUCAGCCCUCCAGAUGUUUUGGGACUACAACUCCCAUCAUCCCUAGCUACAGGACCAGUGGUCAGGGAUGAUGGGAAUUGUAGUCCCAAAACAUCUGGAGGGCCGAGUUUGGAGGUGUCUGGCAUAUAUCAAGAAGAAAUCCCUGAAAUAUUUUCUAAUUGUACCUUAUUCUAUUUUCUGCGGCAUAAGUCAACAUUUUGUCUUAAAUAUGUGCCACGUCAGCAACCCAUUUACUACCCAGGUACCUGCCAACUUCGCCAUCUCUUUCUUAUCUUUUAUUUUGCUUGCUUGCUUGAUAUUAUUGGCAAGUUGUUCCAGCAUAGUACCAAUUCCUUCAAAGAUAUUUGAAACAAACAAAAAGAUAUCUAAUGUAUUCUGUGUGAAAUUUAGAUAGCCAGAAGGAUCAAAGCUCCAACAAAAACAAAAAGGAAGGAAGGAAAGCUGGCAGAAAUUAUGAGUUUCCCCAACUAUAUUUUUUGGCUCAGCGGGAUUAGAAGGAAUUCUUUGUUGGUGAACCUUUGUAUGCUGUAACUGAGUUAUUUUCAUAUGCAGGCCAUGCUCAAAGGGAACAUUCACAUGAUGAAAAGAAGUGCACGGUCACAGUACACGAGCUGGUCUGGACCAAUAUGUAUUCCCUGAGCACGUGGCAAUCAUGGCAAUUGGGUGAUGAAUGCAGGAUGGGAAAUUCCUCUGUAUAGCCGCCAAGCUUCUAAACAUGGCCUUUACUUCACCUCACCAAGUCAAGAGAUAGGGCAUAGCUCAGUGGCAGAGUACAUACUUUGUAUGCAGAAGAGCUCUAAAUUCAAUCCCUGACAUUUCCACUUAAAACAGCCAGAUAGUAGCUGACGGAAGAAACCUCUGCCUCCUCUGCCUGUGGCUCUGGAGAUUUUCUGUUAGUCGUAUUAAACAAAAGGGGCCAAUAGUUCAGAUGUGCCUAGAUGGCUGUUUACCCAGUAUGGGGUGAAUGGCUGUUGCGGCCCCUCACAGCAAGAUCCCAUGGGAGCCACGCUGAGUCUAUGUGGCCAGCAGUUGGGACUCCCCAGGACAGCUGCUUGGAAUCAUGGGCUUUCCCACCACCAAACUAUUUGAAUAUUGGGCCAAUUCAGCCAUAGUGGGUGGGCGGGGCCGCAGAGGGGAGUAGAUCAGGUUUCACUCUGGUUCUCCCCACCCCCAGUACAUAAAAGUCAGAUGCGAGUGAGUCCACAAUGUGAUUCCCCCUCACACCCUUUCCUUUUCUGGGUUCUGCAUCUGACCUGGUUCUCUGCUUCCCACAUUCAUCCUUGCACUGCUUCCCUCCAUUUUUAACAACCGCUCUUGCCACUUCUAAGCUGCAGUACCGAAAAUAUCUGGCCCAGGGUUUCAGUGGUGGUGGUGUGUUCAGGAGCUGUAGCAGCAAAGAUCAGAGCCUGAAAGGUGCUUGCUCAGCAUCUCCUACAGCAGAGAAGUGGCCCUCCAGAUGUUAAUUGAUUCCAUCUCCCAAAAAACCCCAGCCAGCAUACCUGCUAGUCAUGAAAGAUGAAAGUUCUAGUCCCACAUCUGCAUGGCCACAGGAUCCUCAUCCUUGACUUAUAGGAUUAGCAUUCAAAGUACAUAUUCCCUGCUUCCACAUAUUCUGCCAGCUAGCUAAGUGAUUGUUGAGUUUUAAAGGAAUGCAUAGAGCACAGAAAUAGUUUACAUUAGCUCUAUGUUUAGUUUCCUGGGAGCUGAUUUUGGCCAUGUGUACAUAGGCAGGUAUUUUGUCUAACUGCAUUAAAGCUUCAUUGCAAAAACUAAACUAAACUCAUUAAGCCUGAAACUCAUAUUCAGGAAUUACGACUAUCCUCCACUUUUUUUUUAUUAGCAGUAGAAUUGUUCUAAAUUCCAUCAAACCUGUAUUUUACCCUCCCCCUUCAAGUAUUGCCAAGCUGUUGAACAAGCACAAUCUCACUCUUAUCUUCCAGGAACUCAGUUUGCUUCAAAAAGCGAGCAGCUAAGCUGAGUGAUUUACUUCAUCUUCUUCAUUAAAAUUCAAAUAAUAAUUAAGCCACAGAUGUUAACUUUUCAAUGACUGCAUUACCGAUGGUGAAGGAGGUUCGCUGUACAUACUGGGGCUGCUAUAACAUUGUAUUUGGCGGUCAAUCCUUGUGCAUGUGUUUACCAAGGGUUUAACAAAGGUUUUGAAUCUCUGCUGCUGAUAUUUUUUUAAAAAAAUAAAUUUAUCAUUACGAGGAACUGAUAGUGUUCCUAAAGCUUUAGAAAGCUUAACUCGAUUACACAGUACAUGCACACAGAGAUUGUUCGGGAUGGCUGUUUGCGAAUUUUCUUAAGGUUAAACUAGGCAGAAUACAAUGUCCAUAGAGCAAAUACUUACGCAGUGCUUAAAAUAAUGAGUUAGCAGCACUUACAAACAGAAAACAGUCUCAGAGCUGGUAUCUGCAUCAAUUCUUCAGUGAUCAGCCUUCUUUAUGGUCCAGCUCUCACUUCCAUACAUUACUACUGGGAAAACCAUAGCUUUAACUAUAUGGAUUUUUGUCGGCAAGGUGAUGUCUCUGCUUUUUAAGAUGACAUUUGAGAUAGAUAGAUGAUGAUGUUGAAAGAUAUAGAUAUAGAUGUAGAUAUAGAUACACCAUUGUAACUUAGUAUUGUCUACACUGAUUGGUAGAAACAGGGCAUUCCCAGUCCUACCUGGAGAUACCAGGGAUUGAACCUGGGACCUUCUGGAUAUAGAGAAGAUGCUCUGCCACUGAGCUGUGGACCUUCUUUAUUGAGGCAGAGGGUGUUACAUGAAUCUUGCCCAAAGAAGUCUCUCUCCAAACCUGGAGGCUCCACUGAUGAUCAGAGCCCACGUCCCAAGUCAUUCCUGCACAAUCUAUCCUGUUAUUUCCAUGGACAACUCUUCCAGACUAGUUGCAUGAAUCAUUGGGAGCAAGGACAUUUAUUAUGAAAAGGUCAUUUGGACAAAAGAGCUUGGGAGGCUUGGCAGUGUUAAUUGCUCUCCUCUUUGAUCAGAAACACUAGCAAGGAUUGUGGAAGGCAAUAGCAUACAUCUGGCUCCAUCUAGUUAACAGCUGAAGAGACCUAUUCUCGGAGUAUGAUAUAAUCCUCAUUAAAAUGAAUCAGAGCAUCACACAGAGAAUCUGUUGGCAAUGAGAUGGGGAAAUUCAUAUUGCUGCUUUUAUAUCCUUAAUAAACAAAUAGCUGUCUACCAGCCCUUUAUAUUAAAUGAUUGGAAAGGGUUAAAUGAGAAUGAUUGCCAUGGAAAUUUCUUCAGCCUUAAUGUUUUCUACUUACGUUCCUUUGCUGUAUUGAAUGCCCUUGUGAUAGAAAAGAAAGAACAAACAUCAAAAGUACCUUUUAACUCCACAAUUCUUUCUAAAUGUCUUUAAACUUAUAGGCUAUACCACUGGCUUUCUAUCUUCAAAGCAUGCAGGAGGAUGAGGGUCAGAUACAUAUAAAAAAAUUGUGUGCAAUUUAAUAAAAUAUGCAUGUGAAUUGUAUGACCUGCAGAGGAAUUAUUGUGUGUUAAUGAAACAUUGUAAUGUUAAUUACAUACUUUUGAUUUCUCUUCCCUCCAUAGGCUUUAUGCUGGUAAUUACUGUACAAAUGCUAAACUUUUAUUGGAACCUAGACUGUGUCACCAAAUCUGGCUUCAUGACUCAAUUGUCCCUAAAGAAAGAGAGGGAGAGUAAAAUAUCCCAAGAACAAUGCAAUAAAACUACUAGACAACUGCAGCAACACUAAACAGAACUGCAACAACACUGAAAUCUAAGAUCUCUGCUGAUCUUCUCAACUGCCUAGCAGAACAGGUGAGUUUUAAUUAAACUUCAAAAGGUCAACAAAGACAACACAUGGUGGGCCUCACUAGGGAAGGUAUCCCAUAAUUUUUGUGCCCUUUAAACUCAGUCUUCUUCCCAGCGCCUCCACACAGCCUGUUCAUGGGGUUCAUUUGACUUGGCUCUGUUCCUGGAUCAAACAAUUUCCAACUGAUCAAUGGCCGCACCUCCACUGAGAUCACUGGAAGUUAUAUGAAGUGAUGGGAUUAAGAACCUGUCAUGUCAACCUUCCAGUAUUUCUAGCACAGUCUUUCUGAAUCAUUGACAUUUGCCCUGAAGAAGCUCCUGUCUUGAAAGGGAAUUUGAUAACCAUUUAUGGUGGCAAAAGAGGGUUAUGCAAGGGAAUGAGUCUUGAAGCAUCAUAUGUUCUAUUUUGUGAUACAUAUUUCAUUUUAUUUAGACAUUUGCAAUAGGUUUUGAGCUAUUGGAUUUUUGAAAAAUGGAGCAAGAUGUCUCUGCAUGGGUUGGUGUGCCUAGUAUAUGACAAGUUCAUUGUGAUUUAAAAAUGUGGCAGAACUAAGUGAAUGUUUCUUGGUUCCCACUUUUUCACUAUUGUUGCACGCCAUCCGAAUCUCUAAGUAGUGUGAGAUUCCAGGGGUUCUAGGCGCUUACACAGGGUUCAUGCUUCCUUCGGAAAGGGGUACAGUGGACACAAUUCUAUAUGGUUUAUUUACACAGACACACACACUCUAAACCUACCAUGGAGGGGUUCACAGCAUUAACUCCUCAAGAGAAUCUUGCUUCUUCCAUAGCCACAGUCUUGGAUUCUAACAGAAAUCAGGCAUUGUUCUAUCUCUCUGGCUUCUCAGCCUGCUUCCAGCUUCUAGCUUCUAGCUCAAACAACUCUCACCUCUGUCCCUUGUCUUUCUAAGUACCAGCCAUUUGAGGGAUUGGGACCCACACGUUUGUUUUCUGGCACAGAGCUACUUGCUUUGUUACCUCAACAACCCAUAUUUAGGCCAUUAUUUCACCAAGAACCUAGCCUGGCUAUUUCAGGAAUUUGAAUCCUUGCUUAAAUUUUAACAUUUGCUGGAUCCAGGAAUUUGAACAGUCUCAGUAUACAGCCCAUGCCCUCAAACUUGUAACACAAUUACAGCUAAUAUUUCCCCACAUUUAGAUGUAGUUUUCAGCCUUAUUUAAAAAAAAAAAACUUUUCAAAAUGUAUGUUUCAUUCUCCAUUAAAGAUUGAAGUCUGGAUAAUUUGCUCAGUUUCAUAUCUGGGGUGUGGUUCCCCCUCUUCUUCUGUGAUGUCCAACAACAAAGGGUUGGAAACACCUUGCUUGGGUUCUCCUCACCUCUGACCUAUGAAUCCCUUUCCUUCUGCGACAGAUCUUGCUAUAGGUCCUGGAUGGUUCUACAGGAGCAAUGACAUUGCUUCUGAAACCAGUUGCUGGGAUUCACAAGUGGGGAGGGAGCUGUUACAUUCAGGUCCUGCUUGUGGGCUUCCUGGAGGCAUCUGGUGGUCACUGUGAGAAGAGAAUGAUGCACUUUGGCAUGAUCACUUAUGUUCCUGUUCCAUGGAACCAAAGAACAACUUCACAGGCAAUUCUCAUUGGGACUGUGAGAUUGGGGGUAUGUGCUAAACCCUGUUUCCCAUGUGCCCCUACAUACUUGGGGUGGAUAUCUAAGUUAUGAAACAGGGCACCUUCAAUUUAUUUCACAGAAAUCACAUUAACAUAAUGUGUGGUUUGAUCCUGAGUACAGACUUAUGGAAGGUCUGGCAAUAGCAUCAUUGUGGAUGCUUGAAUGAAAUUAGAAGUAGAUAAUUUAUUGUUAAAGGGGGGGGGAAUAGUAUUUUGUUAUCAGGCUGGCGCUUUGGGGAUGGACAGGUUACAAUAACGAGUUCGUCUUGAUACAAGAUGAUGAAAUGAUGUAUGGGGAGGGGGACAUUUUUCUUAUUUUUAUGUUUCCAGAUACCCAUUAAUCAUAAAUCUUGGGCUGAUAGUGCCAGGACAAAGUCAGAAGGUAACUGGAAGAGUCAGCUACACGAGCUGCCUCAGGCAAGACUUGCUGUGAAACUGAAGGAAGGAAGGGAGUAAAUUCCAACAGUUGAUAAAAACAAGUAUUUCAGCCUUGAGAAAUACAUGUUCCAAAAAUGAACCGUGGAACAAGGAUUUCCUAGGUAGAAAUAAGCAACUAAGUUUCAGGCAAUGCCAGCUUAUCCUAUGCCAGUACAGUGUAGUGGCUGCUCUGCAGUAUAGCAUAGCCACAAGUGUUGGAUUAUAACUAGGAAAAUUCUAGCAUGGAAAGAUUCUAACUUGGAAACCCAGUACUGUGAGUUAAGUACAUGGAAGCUUUCUGUAAAAAAGUCUCCUGUUUACCAAUUUUCUGAGACUGAUCUUACAUGGAACAUGACUUUUGUUUCAGUUGCCAUCUUGCUUCCAACAUGUGAUGAAUGUUUUCAAGGCAUGAAAUUGUCUAAACUAAAUCUCUGGGGUAAAGGCCACAUCUUUACAAGUCUUCUACAGUUCAGGAACCACUUUAUCUUCUUUCCUCCCUCAGUUAGUAACAUGGGAUAGCUGGACCUGUUCAUGGGGAGGGGCCAAAAAUCAGUGGCAAAGAACAUGAUGUGCAUGCAAAAGGUCCUAAGUUCAACCACUAGCUUUUCCAGUUAAAAUAAUAUGCAAUAGGGACAUAUUUUUUGAUAAUACCAAUUCAUCUAGCACAGUAUUGUUUAUACCAGAAAUGGGGAGCCUUUGGACUACAACUGUGAGCUUCCCUGACCAAGAUGGCUGGGACUGAUGGGAGCUGAGGUCCACCAACAUCUGGAGGGCUACAGUUUUCUCAUUCCUGGUCUACACUGACUGAUAGUGACCCUCCAUUUCAAAAAUAUGUCUUUCCCCACAUUGUCUGGAGAUGCCCAGGAUUGUUCCUGUGGCCUUCUGCAUGUAAAGCAGGUGUUUCAUAUGGAAGACCAUUACUGGACAGGUGAACAAUCAAUAUUAGGCUAAAUGCAUGGUAAACUGACCUCAUAUAAGGCAGUCCCCUAUACUAUACGACUCAUUUGACCUGUAUAUUUCAAGGUAGCAGCACCAGCAACUCAACUGGUGGCCUCUUGUCUAAAUCUGAAUAGUCAGGCCUUUACUUUUGCAUGAGGUCACAUCUGUAUGUAGUUUCUGAGUAUCAGCUUUAUAUUAAAAGGGGAAAGGGGGUUUGGCUAAUUGCUAGAUGUUAGACCACCUGGAAAGAGUGGCAUCUGCUAGCUGUUUACUUUGCUGAGUAAGAGGCUGAGCACUUAAAAUGCAUUUCCUAUCAAGUUUUGAAAAUUCAACACCUCCGUUUUGCCCUUCAAGCCCAGAUAUUUAUGUUUCCCAUUUUUGAAAGAGACUGCUCAGGGCACCACUAUGAUUGACAAUCCUCAUCUGUGAGCUAGCAAACUUGUGCAACUGAACCUCAGUUUAGCCUUUUCACUGCACCGACAUUAUACUUCAGCUUUCCAAAAGUCUCAUCAUAACCUGCUGUAGGACUUGAUACUGUGAGAUACCGGACAUUUUGGACAGAUGCAACCAAUGCUUGAAAGUUUUGUUUAAUUGAAUGAAUUAGAUGGUGAAGUUACAAUGCUAUCUAGUUAAAUUGCUGUUGGAUGGUGUGUGUUUGUGACUUCACUAAUCACCGACUGAAACUUUGGGAAGAUGGAUAAUGUUUAAAAUGGAGCAACAAUUUCAACAGAAUCAUUUUUAAAUGCAUGGACUCCACACAACAAACCUCUUAACCAUAGGCAAAAGCACUCUUCAGACAACCAGUAAGUGGAUAGGAAGGGGGUCAGAACUGAACCUGCUGUCAUCACUCGCAACCUUCACAUGUUCAUCUGUACUGACCCAUCACUUAUAAAAAUUGCACAUGUGUGGGUGCAUUUCACACAAUCUAUAUCUUGGAACAUGUACAUGUAUAUGUUGUGUACAGAAGAUGAAUGUGCAUUGGCUAGGAUCAGGGACAGUGGGAGUUUGCAUUUUGAACAAAUUCUUAGCUAGCUACUGCACAUAUUGGCCAUGUUUGGGCAUCUUGCUAUAGUUUAGUAUGACAUCUGAAGGAGGCCACUGAGUUUACAUCACCAUAACACACAACCAGGAUUCUUCCUGCUUACAAAUACAGCAAAGAUCCCAAUUAUAGUAAACGGUUCCAUAUACCACAUUUUCCCCACCACAAGGUAAUAACAUUUUGGAACUUCCUGUAGCUCCUGGUCUUGUAAAUGAUUGAACAUGUGAUCUAUGGGCUAAUAUAAGUUAAAGCUACUGUUGUAGGUGCUGCACAUGGAGUUAGUUAUUUUUUUCAGCCUAGAUUGUAUUCUGCACAUCAGUGGUUCAUCUGACCUGUCUCUCAUCAUGAGUGCAAAAUGUGAUUUUGCACACUGUUGCUCCAUGUUGCAUAAAAAAUAUUGUUUAUGCCAUGCUGCAUUCUCCCUUGUCUUAUACAUGAGCAAAAAAGAAAAAAGAAAAAAGCAGUUGGCCACAUGUACAGUUGACAUGUGAACUACUCAUAAGAGCAUAAGAACUUGUGGGAUCAUGGCAAUGGAUCAUGUAGCCCAGCAUCUGUAGGAAGUCCGUAAGCAGGACUUGAGCACAACAGCAUUCUCCCUGCUUGUGAUUUCCAGCAACUGGCAUUCAGAGCGGGCAGCACUGUGGUCUAAACCACUGAGCCUCUUGGACUUGCCGGUUGCAAGGUCUACAGUUCAAGUUCAGUGUGAUGGGGUGAGCUCCCGUUGCUCUGUCCCAGCUUCUGCCAAUUUAGCAGUUCAAAAGUAUACCAGCGCAAGUAGAUAAAUAGGUACUGCUGCAGCGGAAAGGUAAACGGCAUUUCCGUGCAUGCUGGCACUUACCAUGGUGUUCUGUUGCGCCAGUAGCGAUUUAGUCAUGCUGGCCACAUGACCCGGAAAGCUGAGGACAAACGCUGGCUCCCUUGGCCUGAAGCGAGAUGAGUGCCGCACCCCAUAGUCAAGUUUGUCUGGACUUAACCGUCCAAUGGUCCUUUACCUUUACCUUUUACCUGUUCAGAGACAUACUGCCUCCGACAGUGGAGGUAGAACAUCUUUAUGUAUCUGGCUAGUCCUUACGUUACACUCAUCAAUGGUAAGUCUGCAGUUGGGAUUCAAGUCCCAUAAAACUGACUACAACAAACAUUUACCUCAUCUGCAGUAGAUAUAUAAAUAUAUUCCAUUAUAAUAUUCAAGCAUUCUGUAGUGACUCAAACCUUUAUUCAGUGCAAUCCCCUGCAAACGGCCAAUAGGAUAUUCAAAUUACACUGGGGAUAGCCUCGGAAUAUUACCACAUGAAACAGGGUAAUUGUUUCCAAAUGUACAGACAAUUGAAGUCUUGUUGUAGGAAUAAUAAUAAAAAGCUAUGCCUCAGACCUACAUGUGCAGCUUUAAAACAGAAAGGGAAAUUAUGGUGUGUGUGUUUUAAAUACAUCUAAAUAAAUACUCAUUAUGGUUACUUUUCAAGUGUAUUCCUUCUGGAUACAUUAGAGUUGUUCAGGGAAAAAAGGGGGGGACACACCUGGCUGUCUCACAGCUCCUAAAUCCUUUUCUAAAAAUCAGUGUCACACACACACACACUGCUGCAAAACAGUAAUUAACUGCUCUGCAUGUUGCCACAAGUAAGUAUGCCAUGAAUCAUACAAGGCACUAGAAUAUAGUCCUGUAUGAAUCAUACGUAUGCUGUGACACUAAUGGGUUUUAAUCCAAGGUAUGUUCGGAAACCUAUGCUGUUACCUUUAAUGCCUUUCAAGUACAAAUGUCAUGAAAUUUUCAACAGCUCCUCAAGUCCUGCAUAACAAUUUCCCAGGCAGAAACAGUGAAGCCUAAAUCAAGAAAGGAAAGUUUUUUGCAUGUGUGUUUGUUUUUAAACCAGGAAAACCCAAACCAUGACUGCCCUUGAGGACCCUUGAUAAUUGCUUGCAUUCGCUAUCAACCCUCUGCUUGCUGGUUUGAAUAUGAAAUGCUUACAGUGCCUUGCAUGAAAUGGUGGGCAUUUAUGCAAAUUAGUAUCUUGUUUCUAUGUAUUUGCUAUAUCUUACCACAUCUUGGGCUGGGAAAAUUUAGGCAGGUGUAAAUCAGCAGAAAAUCUAUUAUAGCCAGAGGCUUCUUGCUACUUGGCAGGAUGUUUUAAGGGAAUCUGAUCUAUAUUUAAGCUGAUUCAUACAGAACUAUGUCUAGGCGACGUGUUUCAACCCUUCCUGCUACAGCAAUGUGAAUCUGAGUAGCUCACAACCAGGGCCGGAUUUAGAUGCAGAGAGGUCCUAGGCUACUCCACUUGUGAGGCCCCUCCCCAUCCCCCACCCUCACAACUAGAAGAAAAUGGAAGUGUGUUAUAAACAAAAUUGAGUGAAGCCAAGGAUGAUGAUGGGUAUUUAAAAUUCUACAAUUCACUAUUUCUCCUCUAAAGGAUAUAAGAUAUUAUUGUUAAAUACCAUGGUGAUUUUUAAAAAUGCAUAAAAUUAACACUGAAAAACUUUUGCAAUAACUGAACUUUGUAAACCUUUUGUGGCCUGGGCAGGCCUGGAACUAGUUCCCAAGUCUUGUUCCUCUCUAAGGAAUCAAGUUCAGCCUUCAUGGCAUUUAACCAUGGCUCAGCAUCCUCUGAGGUUAAACUUUGGACCUCUUGGAAGCUUGAAGGUUCCCAAACCUUCUCUGAGUUAGUAACAACGAGUGACCUGGGUAAGUUGGAUGUGGUCAAAAAUGAGAUGGCAAGAAUAAAUAUUGACAUCCUGGGCAUCAGUGAACUAAAAUGGACAGGAAUGGGCGAGUUCAGUUCAGAUGACCAUCAUUUCUACUACUGUGGGCAACAAACCCGCAAAAGAAAUGGAGUGGCCCUCAUAGUCAACAAAACAGUGGCAAAAGCAGUACUGGGAUGCAAUCUCAAAAAUGAUAGAAUGAUCUCGAUACGAAUCCAAGGCAGACCUUUUAACAUCACAGUAAUCCAAGUUUAUUCACCAACUACUGGUGCUGAAGAAACUGAAAUUGACCAAUUCUAUGAAGACUUACAACACCUUAUAGAAGUGACACCAAAGAAGGAUGUUCUUCUCAUUAUAGGGGAUUGGAAUGCUAAAGUAGGGAACCAAGAGAUAAAAGGAACAACUGGCAAGUUUGGCCUUGGAGAGCAAAAUGAAGCAGGGCAAAGGCUAAUAGAGUUCUGUCAAGAGAACAAGCUGGUCAUCACAAACACGCUUUUCCAACAACACAAGAGACGACUCUACACGUGGACAUCACCAGAUGGACAGCAUCGAAAUCAGAUUGAUUAUAUUCUCUGCAGCCAAAGAUGGAGAAGCUCAAUACAGUCAGCAAAAACAAGACCUGGAGCUGACUGUGGCUCAGAUCAUCAGCUUCUUAUAGCAAAAUUCAAGCUUAAACUGAAGAAAGUAGGAAAAACCACUGGGCCGGUAAGAUACAAUCUAAAUCAAAUCCCUUAUGAAUACACAGUGGAAGUGAGGAACAGGUUUAAGAAUUUAGAUUUGCUGGACAGAGUGCCAGAAGAACUAUGGAUGAAGGAUCGCAACAUUAUACAGGAGGCAGCAACGAAAACCAUCCCAAUGAAAAGGAAAUGCAAAAAAGCAAAGUGGCUGUCCAAUGAGGCCUUACAAAUAGCGGGGGAGAGAAGGCAAGCAAAAUGCGAGGGAGAUAGAGAAAGAUACAGGAAAUUGAAUGCAGAUUUCCAAAAAAUAGCAAGGAGAGAUAAGAAGGCCUUCUUAAACGAGCAAUGCAAAGAAAUAGAGGAAAACAACAGAAUGGGAAGAACCAGAGAUCUGUUCAAGAAAAUUGGAGAUAUGAAAGGAACAUUUCGUUCAAAGAUUACCAUAAUAAAGGACAAAAGUGGUAAGGACCUAACAGAAGCAGAAGACAUCAAGAAGAGGUGGCAAGAAUACACAGAGGAAUUAUACCAGAAAGAUAUGGAUGUCUCUUACACCCCAGGUAGUGGGGUUGCUGACCUUGAGCCAGACAUCCUGGAGAGUGAAGUCAAAUGGGCCUUAGAAAGCACUGCAAAUAACAAGGCCAGUGGAAGUGAUGGUAUUCCAGCUGAACUAUUUAAAAUUUUAAAAGAUGAUGCUGUUAAGGUGCUACACUCAAUAUGCCAGCAAGUUUGGAAAACUCAGCAGUGGCCAGAGGAUUGGAGAAGAUCAGUCUACAUCCCAAUCCCAAAGAAGGGCAGUGCUAAAGAAUACUCAACUACCGCACAAUUGCACUCAUUUCACACGCUGGCAAGGUUAUGCUUAAAAUUCUACAAGGAAGGCUCAAGCAGUAUGUGGACCGAGAACUCCCAGAAGUGCAAGCUGGAUUUAGAAGAGGCAGAGGAACCAGAGACCAAAUUACAAACAUGCGCUGGAUUAUGGAGAAAGCUAGAGAAUUCCAGAAAGACAUCUACUUCUGCUUCAUUGACUAUGCAAAGGCCUUCGUCUGUGUCGACCAUAGCAAACUAUGGCAAGUUCUAAAAGAAAUGGGAGUGCCUGAUCACCUCAUCUGUCUCCUGAGAAAUCUCUAUGUGGGACAAGAAGCUACAGUUAGAACUGGAUAUGGAACAACUGAUUGGUUCAAAAUUGGGAAAGGAGUAUGACAAGGCUGUAUUUUGUCUCCCUGCUUAUUUAACUUAUAUGUAGAAUUCAUCAUGCGAAAGGCUGGGCUGGAUGAAUCCCUAGCCGGAAUUAAGAUUGCUGGAAGAAAUAUCAACAACCUCAGAUAUGCAGAUGACACAACCUUGAUGGCAGAAAGUGAGGAGGAAUUAAAGAACCUUUUAUUGAGGGUGAAAGAGGAGAGCGCAAAAUAUGGUCUGAAGCUCAACAUCAAAAAAAUGAAGAUCAUGGCCACUGGUCCCAUCACCUCCUGGCAAAUAGAAGGAGAAGAAAUGGAGGCAGUGAGAGAUUUUACUUUCUUGGGCUCCAUGAUCACUGCAGAUGGUGACAGCAGCCACGAAAUUAAGAGACGCCUGCUUCUUGGGAGAAAAGCAAUGACAAACCUAGACAGCAUCUUAAAAAGUAGAGACAUCACCUUGCCAACAAAGGUCCGUAUAGUAAAAGCUAUGGUUUUCCCAGUAGUGAGAGCUGGACCAUAAAGGAAGUGAGAGCUGGACCAUAAAGAAGGCUGAUCGCCGAAGAAUUGAUGCUUUUGAAUUAUGGUGCUGGAGGAGACUCUUGAGAGUCCCAUGGACUGCAAGAAGAUGAAACCUAUCCAUUCUUAAGGAAAUCAGCCCUGAGUGCUCACUGGAAGGACAGAUCGUGAAGCUGAGGCUCCAAUACUUUGGCCACCUCAUGAGAAGAGAAGACUCCCUGGAAAAGACCCUGAUGUUGGGAAAGAUGGAGGGCACAAGGAGAAGGGGACGACAGAGGACAAGAUGGUUGGAUAGUGUCUUCGAAGCUAGACAUGAGUCUGACCAAACUGCGGGAGGCAGUGGAAGACAGAAGUGCCUGGCGUGCUCUGGUCCAUGGGGUCACGAAGAGUCGGACACGACUAAACGACUAAACAACAACAACACCCGUUCUGCUACUUCCGGGGUUCGGUGGUCCGCAACCCAAAAAAAUGCAACCUGAAGUGUCUGUAACCCGAGGUAUGACUGUAAUGUGUGUUAGAAGCAUGAUAUCACUGAGAGUACAAAGUACAGGGAAAUUCUAGGGAAGAGCAGAUUACUAAGAGUUAGAGUUAGUCCACAUGGGCACUUUGACUGUUCUUUUCAUUCCUGGGUGCAUGGUUGUGUGACGUACUGGGGGAAGGGCUAAAGCUGUAGAAAGCUGGGCAGGCCACAGGCCGGGUCGUCCUCUUAUAUACCUGCUGGGAUUGACAAGGCAUCUGACCCUCACUUGAAUCUCAUAGCUCUCCUGUAGCUGCUUCAAAUUAACGGCAGCUUCAAAUUAAAGAUAGCAUAAUAAGAGCCCUGUUGCUUCAGAUCCAAGGCCCAUCUAGUCCAGUAUCCUAUUCUCACAGUGGCCACUGGAAGUAACAUAGAACCAUCUUGGCUUGGCUAACCUUUGCUGAACAGGCCUUAUUUCUGAAUAAAUAUUAUAGAAGGUUCUUUGCCAAUAAGUCUCUCAUGUUACGGCAUAAUAUACAGCUAUAUUAAACGCUGGGACAUUUCCAUUCUCCUUCCGAUUAUAGAGAAGCAAUGUCUCAGCAGUGGUUAAGGGCCCUAAUGUGGAAGCAGCCUUACCAUACUUCCCAGGAAUGAAGAAAGUCCAUGUUUUGAACAGCACAAAUCACUGUUGUGUUUUAAUUUCCAGUACUUAGGACUGGGCUGGAUGAUCCCAAGACUCCCUGAAGGCCUACUGUUGCAAAGAGACUGA